UUUUGUCAUUCUUCGCUCGCACCUCACAAACGAUCGACGUCUUGGUUUCAGUCUCGGGGAUUAUGACUUGAAACAGUUUGAAAAUAGAUAUUUUUUAAAAGAAUAUACAUAUAUCUAUAUCUAAACGCACCACACGGUACAGAUAUAUGUAUACGUUCGCAGCCAUUUCGUUCGCCUAGAGUCCCGCACACACGCAAAUAUAUAUAGAACGUCGAAAGGAUAACGCAAUUUCGACAAUUUAAAGAAGCGACCAAAGAGAGAUAAAUAUAUAUAGAAGUAUAUCAAGUGAAGAAGCAAAUCAAAGAAAGAGUGAUCGCGAGGUGUUCAAUUCUACAGUGCAGUUCAUUCUGCAGCGAUUUGGUUGUCAUUUUAAAUGAUAUAUAGUGAUAUAUAACGCAGCAAAAUGCAACGACAAAAUCCGAACCCGUACCAGCAGCAAAACCAGCAGCAGCAGCAGGUGCAGCAGUAUUCCACCCAGGAGUACUCGCACUCCAGCCAGGAGCAGCACCAGCAGCAAAGGAUUAGCCGCACCGAGCAGCAUGUCCAGCGCAGCCAAUUCACCACCCAGCGGCAAGUGCAACAACACCAUGGUGGCAGCAUCGGAGGCGCCUAUGUGCCGCCCUCGCUGACCCACGUGUAUGCCCAGGGCGACAUCUCGCCGCCCGUUUUCGAGCAGAUCUUCAAGAACGCUCGCUUCGCCCAGGGCGGCAAUGCCCUGUUCGAGGGACGCCUGCGUGGCAACCCGAAGCCAUUCGUGACCUGGACCCGGAAAGGCGCACCCCUUCUCGAGUCGCAGAAGUUCCGGAUGAGCUACAACGAGGCCACCGGCGACGUGUCCCUGCUGAUCAAUCAGAUCGGACCCGGGGACGAGGGCGAGUACACGUGCACGGCCCGCAACCAAUACGGCGAGGCCAUCUGCAGCGUCUACAUCCAGCCGGAAGGAGCACCGAUGCCCGCCCUGCAGCCCAUCCAGAAUUUGGAGAAGAACAUCUUCUCGAACGGCUAUUCGUACACCUCGAUUGAGGAGGAGUUCCGUGUGGAUACCUUCGAGUACCGGCUGUUGCGCGAGGUCUCCUUCCGCGAGGCCAUCACCCGUCGAUCGGGAUACGAGCAGGACUCUCAGCUCUCCCAGGAGCUGGAUCGCAACCAGGGUCCUGCGCAGGCGCCGCAGAUCUCGCAGAAGCCGCGCAGCUCCAAGCUGAUCGAGGGAUCCGAUGCCGUGUUCACCGCACGCGUGGGUUCCAACCCGAAGCCCCGGCUCACCUGGUUCCAUAAUGGCCAGCGUUUGGUGGCUUCGCAAAAGUACGAGAUCUCCUACUCGAGUGGAGUGGCCACGCUGCGUGUGAAGAAUGCCACGGCUCGCGAUGGCGGUCAUUACACUCUGCUGGCCGAGAAUCUGCAGGGUUGCGUGGUUUCAUCCGCCGUGUUGGCCGUGGAACCCGCCGCAGAAACCGCCUACGAACCGAAGCCCGUGGACGUGAUGGCCGAGCAAUUGGAGGCCGGCAAGGCCUUGCCGCCUGCAUUCGUGAAGGCUUUCGGAGAUCGCGAGGUCACCGAGGGCCGCAUGACCAGGUUCGAUUGCCGGGUCACUGGCAAUCCCUAUCCCGAGGUCUUCUGGCUGAUCAACGGCCGCCAAGUGCGCGACGAUGCCUCGCACAAGAUUCUGGUCAACGAAUCCGGCAGCCACUCGCUGAUGAUCACCAAUGUGACCCGUUUGGAUGCCGGAGCUGUCCAAUGUCUGGCCCGCAACAAGGCCGGUGAGGUGGCCAUCGAGGCGCAGUUGAAUGUGCUGGAGAAGGAACAGGUUGUCGCACCACAAUUUGUUCAACGCUUCAGCACGAUGACUGUGCGCGAGGGUGAGCCCAUCACCAUGAGUGCCAAUGCCAUCGGAACUCCGCAGCCACGGAUCACCUGGCAGAAGGACGGCGUCCAGAUCUCGUCCACCGCCGAGCGCUUUGUGGGCAUCGAUGGUGGAGCCACCUGCCUGGAGAUUCCACGCGUCAAUGCAAGCGACGCCGGCUGGUACCAGUGCACCGCCCAGAACAUCGCUGGAUCCACGGCCAAUAGGGCCAGGCUGUAUGUCGAGGUUCCCAGGGAAGAACCCAACUACGAGCAGCGUCGUCUCAAUCUCCCGAGACCAACGAAAGUCAUCGAGCCAGAACCCAUUCCUGGCCCUGAAAUCAUUUACCUGCGCCAUGUGGAGCGCGCCAAGCCCCAUCUGCGACCUGGCGAGGAGGAUCGCGUCUAUCCGCCGCCGCAGUUCAUCAUCCCUCUGCAGAAUGUGCAGCAGACCGAAGGUGGACGCGUCCACAUGGAGGCCCGCAUCGAACCCGUCGGCGAUCCCACUAUGGUCGUCGAGUGGUACCUCAACGGACGUCCGCUGGCAGCCAGUGCCCGCGCCACAUCCGUCUUCAAGUUCGGCUUCAUUGCUCUGGAUCUGCUGAGCAUCAUGGGCCAUGACUCCGGGGAGUACAUGUGCCGCGUGAGCAACGCCAGUGGAGUGGCCGAAUCCCGGGCCAUUUUGUCCGUGGUGCAGCGCCCCUCCAUCGAGCAGUCGUCGCAGAACCCGAACAGCCUGCAGUACAUCAACCAGCUGGAGGACUACUCACGCUACCAGCGCCAGGAGAGCACGGAGGAGCAACUGAACCAGGCUCCGCAGUUCAUUCGCCCACUUCGCGAUCUCGGAGAGUUCGAGGAGGGCAAGAACGUGCACUUCGAGGCCCAGGUUACACCUGUAAACGAUCCCUCCAUGCGAGUGGAGUGGUACAAGGAUGGUCUGCCAAUCACGGCCAGCUCCCGCAUCACCGCCAUUUUCAACUUCGGCUAUGUCUCCCUUAACAUCUUGCACCUGAGAGCCGAAGAUGCUGGCACCUAUACCGUGCGGGCGGUGAAUCGUAUUGGAGAGGCCAUUAGUCAGUCCACGAUUCGUGUCCACUCACGCUCCCAAGUCACUGCUGAUCUGGGCAUUCCCGAGCAGCAGCGCUAUAUCGAGAAAGUGGAGGAACUCGAAGACUACCGCAAGUCCCAGCAACGUCGUCAUGUCCAAGAGGCCGCCGUGGCUAUUGCCCCGCCUCAGUUCAAGACACCCAUCCAAAACCAGUUGGAUCUUCGCGAACACGCGCAUGCGCACUUCGAAGCGAGACUCGAACCCAUCGGAGAUUCCACCAUGCGCGUGGAGUGGCUGAAGGAUGGACAGCCUCUGGAGGCCAGUUCCAGGAUCACCACCUACCAUAACUUUGGCUACGUGGCGCUGACCAUCAAGCAGCUGACCAUCUAUGAUGCCGGCACCUACACCUGCCGUGCCUACAAUGCCAUGGGUCAGGACACCACCGUGGCCCAGCUAACCGUGAUCUCCAAGAACGAGAUCGUCUCGGAGUCCCAGCACCCGGGUGGUCUGCAGAAGAUCCAGCAUCUGGAGGACUCAUCGCGCUAUGGACGUCGUGAGGAGGAGGAGACCUACGUCACCCAGGCUCCCCGUUUCCUUGGUCCCUUGAAGGGCACCACCAAAAUUCUCGAGGGACAGCGCGCCCACUUUGAAGCCCGUGUGGAGCCCCAGAGCGAUUUGGGUCUGGUGAUCGAGUGGUACCACAACGGUCGCUCCAUCACCGCUGCCAAUCGCAUCCAGACCUACUACGACUUCGGCUAUGUUGCCCUGGAUAUUUCCCAGGUGCGCGCCGAAGAUGCUGGUGUCUACCUCGUGGUGGCCAGGAACAAGCUAGGUGAAGCUCAGCAGCAAGCAACGAUGAUAGUGGAAACUCGUUCCAGUAUCGACACAUCUAGCAUGCACCGUGGCCUGUACGAGAAGACCCAGAACCUGGAGAACAAGCCAUUCGUGGAGCCUCAGUAUGACAUCGAGGAGAUCUCCAAGUCCAAGCCGGUGUUCGUCACUCCCUUGAGCGAUCCCAAGCCUAUCCACGAUGGCAAGAACAUCCAUCUGGAGUGUCGCCUGGAGCCGAUGGGUGACCCCACCAUGCGCGUCGAGUGGUUCCACAACGGUCGCCCCGUGACCGUGGGUUCCCGCUUCCGCACCUACUACGACUUCGGCUUCGUGGCUUUGGACAUUAUCAAGGCCACGGCCGCCGAUUCUGGGGAGUACACGGUGAGGGCCACCAACCACUUGGGUUCGGCACACACUUCGGCCUGCGUUCGUGUGAUUGAUCACACGGAUGUUGUCACUGAGACCCAGAACGAACAGUCGCUGGAGCAAAUCCAACUGCUCGAGGACUCGCGUCGCCGCCAUCACCAGGAGGAGGAUAUCACCAUCAUGCAGGCACCGCAGUUCACCAGGGGCCUGCACAACAUCGAAACCAUCGAAGGUACCAAUGUGCACCUGGAGUGCCGUCUGCAACCCGUGGGCGAUCCCAGCAUGCGUAUCGAAUGGUUCGUGAAUGGAAAGCCUGUGAAAACAGGACACCGUUUCCGACCCGCCUAUGAGUUCGACUACGUGGCCCUGGAUCUGCUGGGCUGCUACGCCAUCGAUUCGGGUGUCUACACCUGCCAGGCCAGAAACCAACUGGGUGAAGCCGUCACCUCCUGUUCCGUGCGCAUCAUCGCAAAGAACGAUCUGAUUUUGGAGACGCAGAACGAGUCGGGUCUGCAGAAGAUUCAGUACUUGGAGGACUCGACCCGUCAUCGCCGCAGCGAGUUCAUUGAUGAGGUGGUCAACAUUCGUCCGCGAUUCCUCACCCAUCCCAAGAGCCUGACUAACACCCGCGAGGGUGGUCACGCUCACUUCGAGUGCAAGAUCGAGCCUGUAACCGAUCCCAAUCUGAAGGUGGAAUGGUUCAAGAACGGUCGUCCCAUCACCGUGGGUCACCGCUUCCGUCCCAUCCACGACUUUGGCUACGUGGCUUUGGACAUUGUGCACUUGAUUGCUGAGGAUUCGGGUGUCUACACCUGCAGAGCCGUUAAUUUGAUCGGCUCUGAUGAAACCCAGGUGGAACUGCAGUGCCGUAGCGGUGAGCAGAUUGUAACUGUCACUCAGAACGAGGCUGGCUUAGAGCAGAUCCACUACCUGGAGGAUCGCUCGCGGUACACCCGUCGGGAGGAGAUCGACGAGAGCACCAAGCAGGCUCCAGUGUUCACCACUUCGCUGAAGAACGUUGAGAUCAAGGAGAACCAGAGGGCUCACUUCGAGUGCCGCCUGAUUCCCGUUUCCGAUCCGUCCAUGCGCGUGGAGUGGUACCACAACAACUUGCCACUGAAGUCGGGCUCUCGUUUCACUGAGACCAACAACUUUGGUUUUGUGGCCCUGGACAUCAUGUCCACCCUGCCCGAAGAUGCCGGCACUUACACCUGCCGUGCCUUCAAUGCUGUUGGUGAGGCCAUCACCUCUGCCGUGGCGGUCGUGCACACCAAGAAGUCCAUCUAUCUGGAGUCGCAGCACGAGACCGCUCUGCCACGUCUGCAGCAUUUGGAGGAUGGCUCCAAGCGCCAGCGAAUUAGCGUCCAGGAUGAGUUCGUGUCCCAGGCACCCGUGUUCACCAUGCCGGUGAGGGAUGUCCGUGUCGCUGAGAACCAGGCGGUUCACUUUGAGGCCCGCUUGAUCCCAGUGGGAGAUCCCAAGUUGAAGGUGGAAUGGCUGCGCAAUGGUCAGCCCAUUGAAGCUUCGAACCGCACCACCACUAUGCACGACUUCGGCUAUGUUGCUCUCAACAUGAAGUAUGUGAAUCCCGAAGACUCCGGCACCUACACCUGCCGCGCUGUCAACGAACUCGGCCAGGCGGUGACCUCCGCCUCGCUUAUUGUGCAAUCGAAGACAUCGAUUCAGCUGGAGACCCAGCACGAAGCCGCCAUGCACAAGAUCCACCAGCUGGAGGAUCACAGCAGGUACCAGCGUAGGGAGGAGGAGGAGUACACGGUGACCACCGCCCCAGUGUUCGUUACCAAGUUGAUUGGACCCAGCAAUCUGGUCGAGGGUCAGAGUGCCCACUACGAGUGUCGCAUUGAGCCCUAUCCGGAUCCCAAUCUGAAGGUGGAGUGGUUCCAUAACGGCAAGCCUCUGAGCACUGGCCAUCGCUUCCGUACCACCUACGACUUUGGAUUUGCCGCCUUGGACAUUCUGACUGUCUACGCGGAGGAUAGCGGCGAGUACACCUGCCGAGUGACCAACAAUCUGGGCGAGGCCGUGAACUCGAUUGUCCUGAACGUGACUUCGCGUUCGUCUAUCAUUCAUGAGACCCAGCACGAAGAGGCCCUGACCAAGAUCCAGCAUCUGGAGGAUACUUCGCGCUUCCAGAGGAAAACCGACGAGGAGCAGUUCCAUGCCGAACGCCCUCAGUUCGGACGCCCAUUGCGUAAUGCCAAGGUCAACGAGGGAACUCCCGUCCAUCUGGAGGCCACUUUGAUCCCUGUGAAUGAUCCCACCAUGAAGGUGGAGUGGUACUGCAACGGCAGGCCCAUACAGACGGGUCACCGCUUCAAGACCACCUACGAUUUUGGCUUCGUGGCGCUGGAUAUCCUUUACGCCCAUGCCGAGGACACCGGCACCUACAUGUGCAAGGCCAAGAACGCCAUUGGAGAAGCUGUCACGACUUGUGCUGUAAACGUAACAGCAAACAAGACACUCGACCUGGACACUUUGGAUGCUCAGCGUUUGGAGAAGAUUCGCCAGCUGGAGAGCUAUGCGCCACCCACCAAGCCCGUGGUGGAGGAGAAGGGCCAGAAGCCCAUCUUCCUGACUCCGCUGAGCAACCUGGAACAUCUGAAGGAGGGCGAACACGGUCACUUGGAGUGCCGAGUGGAACCGAUCAACGACCCCAACCUGAAGAUUGAGUGGUUCUGCAAUGGAAAGCAGCUGCCCACCGGUCACAGAUACCGCACCACCCACGAUUUUGGCUACGUUGCUUUGGACAUUCUGUAUGUCUAUGGCGAGGAUACCGGCACCUACAUCUGCAAGGCCACCAAUCAACUGGGUGAGGCUGUAAACACCUGCAAUGUGCGCGUGUUGAACCGUCGCAGCAUGAUCCUGGAUACCCAGCAUCCCGAUGCUUUGGAGAAGAUCCAGAAGCUGGAGUCGAAGGUGCCCAAUGCCCGUACCGAGGUUGGAGAUACUCCCAUCAGUCCUCCUCAUUUCACCGCCGAACUGCGCGGCUCAACCGAAAUCUACGAAGGUCAGACGGCUCACUUUGAGGCCCAGGUCGCUCCAGUUCACGAUCCCAACUUGCGCAUUGAAUUCUAUCACAAUGGCAAGCCUCUGCCCUCGGCUUCUCGUUUCCACAUAACCUUUGAUUUUGGAUAUGUGUCUUUGGACAUCACCCACGCUGUGGCCGAAGACGCCGGAGAAUAUUCCGUGCGUGCUGUCAACGCUUUGGGACAGGCUGUGUCCUCCACCAGUCUGCGUGUAAUUCCACGCGGCACCAUCAUUUCGGACACUCAGCAUCCCGAGGGUCUGGAGAAGAUCCGCAAGCUGGAGUCGAUGGCGCCCCAUCAGCGCCAGGAGCCCGAGACCCCUGGCACCCGCCAGCGGCCAGUGUUCACUCAGCCACUUCAGAACAUCGAUAGAAUCAACGAGCACCAGACGGCCCACUUCGAGGCACGCCUGAUUCCCGUGGGAGACCCCAACCUGAAGGUGGAGUGGUACCGCAAUGAGAAGAUCAUCGAGGACAGUUCCCGUAUCACCAAGACUCACGACUUCGGUUUCGUUUCGUUGGAUAUCUCGCACAUCCGGAAGGAGGAUGAGGGCGUGUACAUGUGCCGCGCUGUCAAUCCUCUGGGUGAGGCUGUGACCACCGCCUCCAUGCGUGUGGUUUCCGAGGCCAGCAUCCAGAUGGAUACCCAGCAUCCGGACAGCAUCAGUCGCAUCCACCAGUUGGAGAAACCUGUGGCUCCACGUCCCAGCGAGCCGGAGCGCUUGUUUGAGAAGCCCAUCUUCACCCAACUGCUCACUGGACCGUCGGAGCUGUGGGAGGGUGCUCAUGCCCACUUCGAGGCACGUGUUGUGCCAGUGGGUGAUCCUUCGCUUAAGUUCGAGUGGUUCAUCAACGGAGUUGAGCUGCAAAUGGGCUCUCGUCUGCGCACCACCCACGACUUCGGCUUCGUCACCUUGGACAUCACAGCUGUGGUGCCCGAGGAUGCCGGUGUCUACAUGUGCCGUGCUUAUAAUGCCGCUGGUGAGGCUGUGUCCUCCACUGCCAUGAAGGUCAAGACCAAGUCCAACAUCGAUGGUCAGCCGUUGAUCCCAGAGUCAUGGGAGGCAAUUCGUCUGAAGGAGGCGGCCAUGAACCGUGUGCCAGAGAUGUUUGUGGAUUCAACUCCCCAGCAGGCUCCGGUAUUCACCACCCAUCUACAGAGCUACGACAAGCUGCACGAGGGUCAGCAUGUCCUCCUGGAGGCUCAGGUGGAGCCUCGUGCGGAUCCCAACCUCCGCAUUGAGUGGUUUAAGAAUGGUAUUUCUCUAACCACUGGCUCUCGCAUCCGCAGCACCUUCGAUUUCGGACUGGUUACUCUGUCCAUUAACGGACUGCGUGCGGAUGACUCGGCCAUUUACACCUGCAAGGCCACCAACCAGGUGGGCGAGGCCGUUUCGACUUCCUCCCUCAAGAUCGAAGAUCGUCACUGGCUGCAGGCCGAAUCACUGCAUCCGGAUUCGCUGCCUCGCAUUGGAGAGUUGGAGGCGCCCAAGGAGGGUCGUCCAGAGGCUCCGGAGCCCACUUACGAGACCCCAGUGUUCAUUACCCAUCUGAACAACAUCGAGUGCAAGGAGAGCGACAACGUGCGCUUCGAGUGCAACGUGGAGCCGGCUCGUGAUCCCACCAUGUCCAUCGAAUGGUUCUACAAUGGUCAGCCCCUGCAGGCUGCCGCCAAGUUCAAGUCCAUUUACGACUUUGGCUACUGCGCUUUGGAUCUGACCAACUCCUAUGCCGAGAACAGCGGUGUUUACACCUGCAAGGCCACCAACAGCAAGGGAUCCGCGACUACCUCGGGUACCCUGAAGUGCACUGGCGGAAAGACCAUGUUCCUGGACACCCAGCAUCCGCAGGGUGAGGCAGGUCUUGAGGCCGUUCAAGAAACCGAGGAGGAGCUGGCCAACCGCUACACCAGCAAGUCCUCCAAGCCCGAGACCCAAUAUCCACCACCCGUAUGGACUAAGCCACUGCAGGCCGAGUUCCAUCUGUCGGAGGCUCAACCCAUCCAUCUGGAGGCCAAUGUGGAGCCCAAGGAGGAUCCCAACUUGUUCAUCGAGUGGUACUUCAACGGCAAGAUGCUUCAGCAUGGCUCUCGUUUCAAGAUGACCAGCGAAUUCGGCUUUGUCACCAUGGACAUGAUCGAGGUCUAUGCCCGCGAUCAGGGCAUCUACACCUGCAAGGCUUAUAACAAGGCGGGUGAGGCCUUCACUUCGACCACCAUCUUCUGUUCGAGCAAGGAGAGCAUCAUCGAGUCUACUCAGCACCCGAAGGGAGCCGAGGGUCUGGAACAGAUCCAGGACCUGGAGGACUCUCUCCGAAAGGAUGGCUCUAAGCCAGAGCAACCCGAUCUGGGCAUCCCACCACGCUUCACCACCGAGUUUGUCAACAUCGCAGACAUUGGAGAGGGUGAGCUGGCUCACUUUGAGGCCAAUCUCAUUCCUGUUGGAGAUCAGAGCAUGGUCAUCGAGUGGUUCUACAACAGCAAGGUGCUGGAAGCCAGUCAUCGUGUGCGUACCAUCUACGCCUUUGGCACGGUUGCAUUGGAGGUUCUCGGCACCAAGAUCGAGGACACCGGCACCUACACUUGCCGCGCCACGAACAAGCAUGGAACCGCUGAGAUCAGCUGCAACCUGGAGUGCGUGGACAAGCCGAAGGGCCAGAAGCCGCGCUUCACCUCCCACAUCCAGCCGUUGGAGGGCCUGAAGGACGGUCAGUCCGCUCACUUCGAGUGCACUCUGAUCCCAGUCAACGAUCCGGAACUGAAGGUGGAGUGGUACCACAAUGGCAAGCUGAUGCGUCACUCAAACCGCAUCAAGACCGUAUCCGACUUUGGCUAUGUCGUCCUGGAUAUUUCCUAUCUGCAGGAUCAUGACAGUGGAGAGUAUGUGUGCAGGGCUUGGAACAAGUACGGCGAGGACUUCACCCGCACCACCCUCAAUUGUGGAGGCCGUGGUGGAGUGUUCUAUGACAGCUUGCAGCCGGAUUCGCUGCAGAGGAUCAGGGAGCUGGAGUGCCCGCAAGGACAGCAGGGCGAUACUUCCGCUCCUCUGGUCGCUGAGCCACCCAAGUUCAUCACCCAGAUCGUGGAUGUCACCAAACUUGUGGAGGGACAGUCCGCUCACUUUGAGGCACGUUUGACUCCCAUAACCGAUCCCGAUUUGGUGGUGGAAUGGUACUUCAACGGCAAGAAGCUGCCACAUGGUCACCGCUUCCGUACCUUCCACGACUUUGGAAUCGUCAUCCUGGACAUUCUGUACUGCUACGAAGAGAACUCCGGAGUAUACGAGGCCAGGGCCUACAAUAAGUACGGUGAGGAUACGACUCGUGCCUCGCUUAAGUGCGCCUCGAAGGCCAGCCUCAUUCUGGACUCCCAGCUGCCGCGAGGCAUGGAGGGUGGUCUGGAGAAGAUCGCCAACCUGGAGUACAGCAUGGUGCGCACUCGCGAAGAGACUACCGAGGAGACCAAGGGCAAGGCCCCUGUCUUCACUGUACCGCUGGAGAACAUCGACAAUCUGCGCGAGGGUGAGAAUGCCCACUUUGAGGCUAGGAUUACCCCUGCCGAUGAUCCCAAGCUGAAGGUCGAGUGGUACUGGAACGGACGUCCAUUGAAGGCCGGUUCCCGCUUCCGCACUUUCUGCGACUUUGGCUUUGUCAUCCUGGAGAUUUCCCCUGUCUAUCCUGAGGAUUCCGGCGAGUACUCUUGCCGUGCUAUCAACGAAUACGGUGAGGCAGUGACCACUGCCACCAUGAAGAUCCAGGGUAAGCGCAGCAUCAUCAUGGAAUCCCAGCUGCCCAAGGGCAUGGAGGGAACAAUCGAUCGCAUCGCCGAACUGGAGGGCUUGGGCUCCCGCAGCACUGAAUUUGUGCCGGAUGAUGAUACUGGCAAGCCGCCAGAGUUCAUCACCACACCCUUCGACAUGGUCAUCGGGGAGAACGCGCUGGCGCACUUCGAGUGCCGCCUCCAGCCGAUCAACGAUCCUUCGAUGCGUGUGGAUUGGUUCCACAAUGGUAAGGCCUUGUGGGCUGGCUCCCGCAUCAAGACCAUCAACGAUUUCGGUUUCGUAAUCCUUGAGAUCGCCGGUUGCUAUCAGCGCGACUCGGGAUUGUACACUUGCAAGGCCACGAACAAGCAUGGCGAGGCUACGGUCUCUUGCAAGUUGCAAGUCAAGGGUCGCCAGGGCAUCGUCAUGGAGCCCCAGCUGCCCUCCAACUUCCGCACUGGCACCGAAAGCCUACAGAAGCUGGAGGAGAGCAUGCACAAGCGUGAGGAGAUUGUGAUCGACGAGGAGCAGCCCAACCCACCGAAGUUCACCGAGGACAUCAAGGAUAAUCUGGAUGUGCCAGAGGGUGGUCCAGUCCACUUUGACUGCCGUGUGGAGCCUGUGGGCGAUCCCACCAUGCGUAUUGAGUGGUUCUAUAAUGGUCAUGUCAUGGCCACGGGAUCAAGGGUCCACCAGCUCAAUGACUUCGGUUUUAUUGCCUUGGAUGUUGACUACAUCUAUGCCAGGGACUCGGGAGAGUACACUUGUCGGGCUACCAACAAGUGGGGCACUGCCACCACCACCGCCAAGGUCACCUGCAAGGGCAAGCAUAAUAUUGUGUACGAAUCACAACUGCCCGAGGGAAUGACCUCCGAGAAGUUGAAGGAGUUGGAGCGCGGUCGCAUCCCAGAGGCCCCGAAGGUCGUUGAAGAGGAGUUCGGACCACCGAAAUUCACCACGCAAAUCACUUCGGUGACCGUUGAUGAAGCAGAGGCCGUGCGAUUUGAGUGCCAGGUGGAACCCAAGACCGAUCCCAGCUUGCGCGUGGAAUGGUACCGCAAUGGCAAACCCCUGCCCUCUGGACAUCGCUACAGGAACAUCUUCGACAUGGGCUUCGUUUCUCUGGACAUUCUGUAUGUCUAUGGAGAGGACUCCGGAGAAUACGUGUGCCGUGCCAUUAACAACCAUGGCGAAGAUCGCACCAAGGCCACUGUUUCCUGCAAGAAACUUCCCACCAUCUUGCUGCAAAACCAAGUGCCUCGCGGCAUGAAGCGCUCGGACGCACUGACCCAAAUGGAGGCUACCAUCAAGAAGUACACCUCCGAGGUCCACUUGACCGAGGACGAUCUCUUCGAUCCCGAUCGCAAGCAGCCUCCUCGCUUUGUCACCCAGAUCAAGGAGCAACUCACCCUAACCGAGAUGGCCGUGACCAAAUUCGAAUGCCAGUUGGCUCCUGUAGGAGAUCCCAACAUGAAGGUCGAGUGGUUCUUCAAUGGCAAGCCCUUGCUGCACAAGAACCGCUUCCUGCCCAUCUAUGAUUUCGGUUAUGUGGCCAUGAACUUCGGCUGGGUUUAUCCCGAAGACAGUGGAGAGUACGUGUGCCGUGCCACCAACUUGUAUGGCAAGGACGAGACUCGUGCCUUCAUUAAGGUUUCUGGCAAGCCAGGCAUUGUCUACGAUUCCCAACUGCCCGCUCACAUGCAGAGCAUUGACCGCAUUCGUGAGAUGGAAGCCUCAUGGCAGGUGGUGCCCGACGAGGUUGAUCCCGAUGCCAAGCCCAGAACCAAGCCGGUCUUUGUGAGCAAACUGGAGCCCCAGACUGUGGAGGAGGGCGACUCAGCUAGAUUCUGUGUCCGUGUCACCGGACACCCACGUCCAAGGGUUAUGUGGCUGAUCAAUGGACACACUGUUGUACAUGGUUCUCGCUACAAGCUGACCAACGAUGGUAUGUUCCAUCUGGAUGUCCCCAAGACACGUCAGUAUGAUACCGGCAAGGUGGAAGUGAUUGCCCGUAACUCUGUGGGCGAAUCGAUUGCCACCACUGAACUGAAGGUUGUUGCCCGUUCGGACGAUUAUCGCAAUGUGCUGAAGAACUCGCCACGUCCCUGGUAUGAUUACGAACUAGCCGCCUACCAAAAGGAGCGCCAGGAGAAUGAACUAGAGAAGGUGUUCGACGAGCGUAAGCAGGUCCUUUCCGAGCAGAGCUCCCACACCCUGAAGGGCGUGGAGCACCUGAAGCCCAAGCAAUACAAGCCACCCACGCCCGACUGGCAGCAGAAUGUCAAGGCCAAGAAGAGCGAGGACUACUACAACAAGUUGCAGACCCUGGAAACGGAGCAGUUGCUGAAGGAGACCAACCUGCGUAGGGACACUCAUCAGUACGCCAUCCCCGGCGAGAAGGUUGUCAGCAGCUCCCAGGCUAAGGGAAUGGCUCAAUCUUAUGAAGAAAAUCUUCAAGAGAAAACAAGCACCACUCAAGUGGUGGCUGCUCCACCCAAGGGCACCGCCGAUCCCUCAGAAUCCUCCGUCCACGGUCGCGAGGUUCAUAUGAACAAGCAGCAGCAGGUGCAGAAGGAGAUCCAGGGUGACCUAGAGAUCACCCGCAAGAUCACCGCCACCGAGACCACCGAGGUGGAGCACAAGGGCACCAUUCAGGAGCGCGUCGUCCAAGGACCUGUGGCACCGGCCAAGGCUCCAGUCUUCACCAAGAAGAUCCAGCCCUGCCGCGUGUUUGAAAACGAACAGGCCAAAUUCGAAGUGGAAUUCGAUGGCGAGCCAAAUCCCGCAGUUAAAUGGUACCGUGAGAGCUUCCCCAUUCAGAACUCGCCCGAUUUGCAGAUCCACACCUUCAGCGGCAAGUCGAUUCUGAUUAUCCGCCAGGUGUUUGUCGAGGACUCGGCUGUGUUCUCGUGCGUGGCCGAGAAUCGUGGAGGAACCGCCAAAUGCAGUGCCAAUCUGGUGGUGGAGGAACGUCGUCGUGCUGGAAAGGGUGGCAUUCAGCCGCCCAGCUUUGUGACCACCAUCCAGAGCACCACGGUGGCCACAGGACAACUGGCUCGCUUCGAUGCCAAGGUAACUGGCACUCGUCCCCUGGAUGUUUACUGGCUUAAGAACGGCAUGAAGAUUCAGCCGAGCAUCAAGUUCAAGAUGCUGGAGGAGGACAGUGUGCACACCCUGCUCAUCAUCGAACCUUUCGCCGAGGAUUCCGGUCGCUAUGAGUGUGUGGCCGUCAAUGCCGCCGGAGAGGCCCGUUGCGAUGGUGAUUGCGUCGUGCAAUCCCCCACCAAGCCGGAGAAACCAACUACUCCGGGCAGCGAGAAGGCCCCACAUAUUGUGGAGCAGCUGAAGAGCCAGUCGGUGGAGGAGGGCAGCAAGGUCAUCUUCCGCUGCCGCGUGGACGGCAAGCCCACGCCCACCGCCCGCUGGAUGCGAGGUGAGAACUUUGUGAAGCCAUCGCGCUACUUCCAGAUGAGCCGCCAAGGCGAGUACUACCAGCUGGUCAUCUCGGAGGCCUUCCCCGAGGACGAGGGCACCUACAAGUGCGUGGCCGAGAACAAACUGGGCAGCAUUCAGACCAGCGCCCAGCUGAAGGUGCGUCCCAUCGAGAACCUGGACGCCCCGCCCACCAUCACCGCCCUCAAGGACGUCUCUGUCACCGAGGGCAUGCCCGCCCAAUUCAAGACGACGGUGACCGGCAAAGUGAAGGCCACCAGCGUUCAGUGGUUCCGCGAGGGUCAGCUGAUCCCCGAAACCCCAGAUUUCCAGAUGAUCUUCGAUGGCAACAGCGCUGUGCUCCUUAUUGGCACCACCUACGAGGAGGAUUCGGGCAUCUUUACUGUACGCGUAACCUCGUCCACCGGCCAGGUCGAAUCCUCAGCCAAACUGACUGUUAAAAAACGACGCAUCUCGGCCUUUCAAUUGCGAACGAUUGAUUCCGCCGAGGAUGAGUCCUCUUCCUCUGGUCGGGAGGACAGUGCCCCCGAGUCGCCCCACGCUUUCCAACCUGGCCAGCAACCCGGCCAGCAGUUUGGUCAAUUCCUGGGCGUCAACGGGCAGGGUCAGCAUCAGGGAAGGUCGCGCCAGAAGAAACCCAAGGUGCGCAGUAAGUCACUGCAGCCGGCAACCAAGGUAAUUCCGUGGCGCAAGUCAUCACGUCCCACUCGUGGACGAUCCCUGGACAAGGGAGUCUUUCUGCCGGGCUUUAAGCCUGAGCCGGUCAAAUCGUGGACCGAGGAGACCAUUAGCUUGAAGGCAACUCCAAUUGAAAAGAAGAAGCCCACACCCAAGUUGGAGGCAGCUACAGUUGUGCUGAAGUCCAUAAAGAGUGAACGCGAUCAGGGCAUCAUGAGUCUGGGCGCUACGCUCGAACAGAUUAUUGCUGGCAAGACUGAAAAGGAAGCGGUUCCUUGGAUCACCAUGCGGGAGAAGCUCAAGGCAGUGGAGAGUGUCCAGGAGCAGCUUAAUAAAUUCGAUUUGGAUGAGGUCUACCUGCGACCCCUUGAGGGGCAAAUUGAAACAGAAGCCACAGAUCUACCACAGCAGGCUCAAGUGGAACAGGUGCAGCGCACCAAGGAAAUCCAGCGACUGAAGAGCAUGGAGAGUGUUGAAAUUAUGGAAAUGACCGAUCAGAUCGACAAGCUUAUUACCCAGCAGCAAAACGCCAAGGAUCUCAUUCCCUGGAAGGAGAUGCGUCAGCAGCUUAAGAGUGUCCAGAAGGUGACCAAGCAAAUCGACAAGUUCAAGAUCGAGGAAGUUGAGCUGCGACACCUGCAGGCUCAGCAGGCCAUAACUGAGGAGUACCAAACGGGCACGUCCGAGGAGACUGUCGUUCUGAUUGACGAGAGCUCCAAGGGUUCGAUCUCAAAGGUGAUGCGUCGUGAUGAGCUGCAGCAAUACGAAGAUCAGUCCAACAUCUACAAGCAGCAGUUCAUCACCACCGAGGAUGUGAACAUUAUGCAUGUUUCGGAGCGCGAGAAACUGGAAGCUCAGAGAUUGAUACGCGAACAGCAGGCUAUUAAUUGGCGUCAACAGCAACAGCGCCCACAACUGCAACCUCUGACUUCAGUUGAAGAUACGAUCAUCUCCCAGUCCACCGAUAGGCAAAAGAUUGUCCAACAGCAGAGCCUCAUCGAGGAGGCUCAGCGCCAGCAAUUUGUGCAUGUGGAGGACUCGCAGAUGAUGAGUCUGGAGCAGUACGAGCACCAAAAGAUUGUGAACCAGCGCACCCAGCAAGAGGCCUUUAGCUGGCGUCAGCCACGAGAGGCUCAAAAGUUUAUCCAGGUGGAAGAUUCCUCUUUGCUUCAUCUGCAGGAACGUCAGGAUACGCAAGAGCAGCAGUUGCUGCAGCAACAGCCUGUCAUGUGGGAUCGUGGUAAGCCGAAGCCGCAACAACCUCAAUAUGUGCAACCUCAGACGGCGCCAGUUCAAGAGGAAUACGUGGAGAAGCCAAGGACGUACGAGGAAAUGCAUGACGAGCUGGUUGAACCGACUCCAGUUCAACAGCCUCAACCAGUGCCAGUUAUGUGGGAGCGGGGCAAGAAAAAACCGCAGCCCCAGGAGAAGACCUACGAAGAGGCCCACGACGAGUUGGUGGAACCCACUCCUGUCCAGCAACCAGAACAGGUGCCAGUCCUGUGGGAACGCGGCAAGAAAAAGGUUGCUGAGCAGGAAACCAUCACAUCCCAGGAAGUUGUGCAAACUUCGCAAGUGGUCGAACAGCAAAUCGUUGAGGAAACAAAGAAGACGGCUGUACGCCGAGUGAUUCCACCAAGGGAGCCGGAAAAGAAGAUGGAGCAAGUAACGUUGAAACCAACGCCGCGACCACGUCCUAAGGAAGCACAAAAGACCGAAGAGAUCCAAUUGAAGCCGUUUAGAAGCACCAGGCCUGUUGAACAAGCGGUGGAGCAGCCAACGCAAAAAGCUUAUGAAGAAGCCACUGAUGAGCUACCCGAAGAACCUACACCUCAAGUGCAGGAGGAACCGCAGCCUGUCUUGUGGGAACGCGGCAAGAAGAAGCCCCAGAAACCCGAAGAGCAAGCACCAGAGAUUCCAAAGACCCUCGAGGUUGCAGUCGACACGCUGGAAGAGGAAGUGCCUAAACCCACUGAACCUCAACCGCAGCCUGUUUUGUGGGAGCGUGGUAAGAAGGUGAAGCCAGAACAGCGGGUUGUCGAGGAAGCACCCAAAACCCUGGAGGUUGCAGUCGACACUUUGGAAGAGGAGGUUAUUAAGCCUGUUCAACCUGAAGCGCAACCUGUGCUGUGGGAACGCGGCAAGAAGAAGAAGCCGGAGCCACAAGAAGUUGUGGAACAGAAGGUUGAUGAGGGCAAGACCUACGAAGAGGCAGUCGAUGUUCUGCCCGACGAGAAAAAGGUGGAAGAAAAGCCAGAGCCUGUCUUGUGGCAGCGUGGCAAGAAGAAAGUUCCCAAGCCAGAGCCCGUUGAAGAAGUGCAUCCCGAUGAGGUCGAUGCCCAAAUACAGGCAGUGGUUGAGGAAGAGCAAGUCAUUGUUGAAGAAAAGCGUCGGGUCAAGAAAACGAAGAAGCCGAAGCCCACGAAAGAAGCUCCAGAAGAGGUGUUUGAAGAGCAGCCGGAUGAAGAAAUUAUUCCAGAAGAGAAAGAAACUGAAGAAAUAGUUAUUGAAGAGCUCGCUGAAAUUACUGAAGAAAAACACAAGGUCAAGAAAACAAAGAAGCCUAAGCCAGAAGUGGCCGAGGAAGAACAACCCGUGGAAGAAAUUAUCGAAGAGCAAGAAGAGAUUGUUCAAGAACAAGAAGAUGUUGUCGUGGAGGAAAAACGGAAGGUCAAGAAGGUCAAGAAGGCGAAGACUACUGUCGAAGAGACUGAGGCUCCAGAAGAGCAACCCGAAGAGGAAGUCGUACAGGAAGAGAUCGUAGAGGAAGAGGUUGUUGAAGAGAAGAAGAAGGUCAAAAAAGUAAAGAAACCAAAGCAACCCGUUGAAAAGACUGAUGUUGAAGAACAGCUUGUAGAGGAAAUUCCAGAAGAAGAGGUCAUCGACGAGCAAGAAGAGAUCGUAGAACAAGAAGAAAUCUUGGAAGAGAAGAAAGUGGUUAAGAAGACAAAGAGGCCCAAGAAGACUGUAGAAAAGAUUGAAGUGGAAGAGGAUCAACCAGAAGAGGAAGCUCCUCUAGAAGAAGAAGUAAUCGAAGAGCAGGAAGAGAUUGUAGAGCAACAACGCAAGGUGAAAAAGGUCAAGAAGCCCAAGAAAAAGGUCACUGAAGAGGAGGCGGAAGAGCUUCCAGAAGAAACCGAAGAGCCACAAGAGGACGUAGUUGAAGAGGUUGAAGAAACCAUCUCUGAGGAAGUCAAAAAACCCAAACCUGUUCCCGUUGCCCAAGAGCAAGUUGAAAAGGUUUCACUAAAGCCUGCUCCAAGAAAACAACGGCCCUUGCCCGAGAAAGAACAAAUUGAGGAAGUCUCGCUGAAGCCUGUGAAAAAGACUGCAGUAGUCUCGGAAGCCACACAACCCGAAACACCUGAAACGGAAUUCGAGGUAAAGGAGUUCGUAAUCACCACUGAGGACCAAAUAGUGGAUGUGACGAAGAAGCGCGUUAAAAAGAAGAAGCCCAAGACAAAGAGUGGCACCGAAGAAUCAACGGAAGAACCGGUUGAGGAAAUCGAAGAGCUUGAGGAACAGGAAACUCAGCCGGAAGAGGUAGAGCCUGUUGAAAGUAUUUCAGAGGAACAACCUGUUGAGGAAGUUACCCCCGAACAAAAAUUGGCACCAAAGCCGAAGCCGAAAAGAGAAGAAAUCGUCGAGAAGGUUGAAGAGGUUGCCCUUAAGCGGGUCACUCGGCCAAAGAAGGAGCUGCCCCAAGAAGCGGUCAUCGAAGAAGUGCGCUUGAAACCAACUCAACGCAAAUCCAUCAAGCCCGAAGAAGUCAAGCUGGAGGAAGUUGACUUGCAGCAUGUCGAACGAAAGGAGGAAGAAAUCAUUCAGGAGGAGAAGCGUAAGACAAAGAAGGUGAAGAAGCCAAAACACGAGGACCUUCCAGAAAUUUCCGAUGCAGAGCCAACCCAACUGGAAGAGGCCGAGCACAUUGACCUAGAGAGGGAGCCGAAGCCUGAGGAGGAGAAGCCGCAGGUACCAUGGAAGCGAGGAGAAAAGAAGAAGCCGGUCGAGGAAGUCUUGGAGGAAAAGAAAAUGCCCACAGGUAAACGCCGUCCUUUGCCGGAAGAACAGCCAGAAGAAGUUACGCUCAAGCCCAUUCCGUCGAAGCCAGUGGAAGUGCCGCAAAAGCCAGAAAAAUCCAUACCCGGUCCACAGCUUGUGCCCGAAGAAAAACCAGAAAGCGAAGAGGAGGAGCUCGAGCUUGAACCUCUUAAGCUGCCCGAGGAUAUUCAGCCUAAGGAGCCUAAGGUCAAGAAGGAGAAGAAGAAGAAGCCCAAGUUGAAGAAGGCCACACCUUCAGUGGACGAGGUGUCCGAAGAAGUGGCUGAACCCUUCGACGAACCCAUUGCUGAGGAGGAUCAAGUGGAAGAGUUGCCAGUGGACGAUGUUAAGGUUGUGGCAGUUUCGGAAGACGUAUUGCCUGAAGAAGAAGUCGUGCCCACAGAAGAGACGCCUGAGACGAAGCAGAAGGCGCACAAGAAGCGCACGAAACGACUUAAGGAGGCCUCCAUCGAGGGUCAGCCUCAGCUACUGGAAGCCGCUAUUGCUGAAAUCGAGAAAGUGGACGAAAUAACCCAUGAGAUCUCACAAAAGACUAUAACCCUACUAAAGAAGACUGAAGACACAAGACCUCAAUUCAUCACGACUGAACAGCUCAUCGAGCUGGAUGUUGAAGACGUCCGACGUGAUCUUGAAAUGAAGGUCACCUCGAACAUCAUUAAGAAGGAGAAACGUCGCGUGGUGCUGGAUGACAGCCAACCGCUGCCCGAGCUGGAACUGAUCACGCAGAAGCGAAUCCAAGAGGGCAUUGACAAGGUAGCCGACGAGGAGCUUAUCGAGGACCAGCAGCUUACGCAAAAUCAACAGGAGACGACCACCUCAGAGGUAAUCGGUCAGGAGCGCAAGCUGGUCAAGAAGAAGAAGAAGGAGAUCAAGCCCCCGAGGAUCACCGAGAAACUGCGUCCUCGUCAAUGCGUUCCCGAGGAGCCCACGGUGCUUGAGUGCAAGGUGGAGGGCGUACCAUUCCCCGAGAUCAACUGGUACUUUAAUGAUAUCCUGCUCUUUGCUUCGGAGAAGUACGAGAUCACAGUCGUCGAGCAGGUGGCAAAGUUAAAGAUUGCCAAGGUCACACCCAGCGACGUUGGCGUUUAUACAUGUGAGGCCAAGAACGAGGCUGGAGUGGCAACGAGUCGUACCAACAUUAUAUUAGAAAAAGAACAAGGAGUUGCCCCACAGUUUACCAAGCCACUUAAGAUUGAGUUUACUGAGGAGAAGCAGCCCGAGCAACUUAAAGUUACGGUUACCUGUCAAGUGACGGGAAAACCAAAUCCCAAAGUCAAAUGGUUCAGAGGUAUAGAGGAGGUUAUUCCCAGCGAAACCGUUCAAGUGUUUUAUGAUGAGAAAACCGGCGAUGUGGCCCUGGAGGUUAUCAACCCCACUCCCAAUGAAGCUGUUAUUUACUCUGUGCAGGCACAGAAUCAGUUUGGACGUGCCAUUGGCAAUGCCAAUAUCAUCAGUCGGGUUGAUGAAGUACCCCGGGAGAUACUCAAGGCACCCACCGUAACUCCAUUAAACGCCGUAGUUGUACCCACUGGAGGUACUCUGUUCUUUGAGGCCAAGUACGAUGGUCUGCCCAGGCCAGAGAUUAAAUGGAUGCGCAAUGGUCGGGAGGUGAUUGAGAAUGAGGAGAUCAUCAUAGAAACCACCGAAACCACAACCACUAUUAAGGUUAUCAAUAUGACGCGCAAGCGCACUGGCAAAUACGAGGUCUGGGCCAAGAACAAGGUAGGCGAGGCCAAGUCAUCUGGAUCAGUGGUGGUUUCAGACCAGAAGCCCGAUGAGCAAAUAAGGCCACCAAGAUUUAUUCAGCCCCUUGAGCCGAAAUACUUUGGCGAACACGAAGUUGCCAUUAUUGAGGCGGUUGUGGACUCUGAGCCAUUAUCGUCCUUCCAGUGGUUUGUUCACAAUGAAGUCAUCAAAAGCUCCAACGAAGUGCGCAUCGUUAGCCAGGCCAACAAGUCAACGUUGCUAAUCGAGGACUUCCAGAAGCAAUUCGUCGGACCCUUUACUUGCCGGGCGGAGAAUGUGGGUGGUUCGGUGACGUCAACAGCCACAGUCAGUCUGAUUGAGUCUCUGCCCCAAGAAGAGGCAGUGGAAUUCGAGUCGCCACGUUUUGUUGAGGAACUUAUUCAACCCGUAGAGGUAAUGGAUGGCGAGGCAUUGCUGCUGACCUGCCAAGUUACGGGCAAACCCACGCCCAAAGUGGAGUGGUACCACAAUGCGGAGAAGAUCACUGAAAAUAAGGAAACUACGAUAUCGCAAGACUUGCAAGGCAAUUGCCAGCUGCAGAUUACGGAAGUUUUCCCCGAAAACGAGGGCCAAUACGAGUGCGUGGCCACAAACAAGAUUGGGAAGAGCUCGAGCAAGACAAACGUUAAAAUUCAAGCAUUUGAAUAUAUCCCCGAUUCUGAAAUCACUGGACUCACAGGAUCUGAGGAGGAUCUACUUGAUAGAACCCUCUCAAUCGACGAACAAGCUCCGAAAAUAAUUAAAAAACUACCAGAGAAAAUCGAGCCCAAAGAGGGCGAGCAAGCGAAGCUGGAGGUUAAGGUCAUUGGUAAGCCAAAACCGAAGGUCAAAUGGCUGCGUGACGACGAGCAGAUAUUCGCCUCCGAGGAAUAUCAGAUCGAAAAUUUCGAAGACGGCACCUCAGUGUUGGUUAUCAACCACGUCUAUCCCGAUGAUUUGGGUACAAUUAGUUUCGAGGCAUACAAUCCACUGGGCGUGGCAGUGACCACGGCACUCUUUGCGGUCGAAGGCAUCGUUGGAUCGAAGGACUACCGCAAGCCGGAAUGGGUAUCUCAGAUGGAGGAAAUGCAGGUGGCUCUCAAAGCUGCUAAAUGCUCGCCAUCACUACUAAACGAAAUGCGUGACUGCCGUGCUGCCAUAGGCGAAACAGCCAAGUUCUUGAUACAGUUUGCAGGCAACCCCAUACCAGAUAUUCAAUGGUAUUUCAACAACGUUCAGCUUAGGGCAUCUGAAAAGUAUCGCAUGGUAGUGCAGGAACAGGAGGCUACUCUAGAAAUUAUGAAAAUAACAAAUGAGGACUGCGGCUACUAUAACUGCAAGCUCAUCAAUGAGAUUGGCAUGACCAUGACGCGGGCCAAGUUUGACAUAUCAUCCACGAGCACCAUAGUCGAGGAGAAAACCACGGCCAAGAGUACCUUCAAAAAGAAGGCUGGAAAGAAAACCGUGAUGAAGAGAUCGGGGGCCUCGGAAUCGCAGACCGUGCAAAAGACAGAAAUUCGAAUUAUUCCAGCCAGCACGACAGAAACCACCAUGAAUGUGAUUAAAGUGAGGCAACCCGUAUCCAUUCUGGUGGAAAAGAGCGAAGUCUCCGAGGUUUUAGAUGUAAAAGAUCGAAAAAUUGCCGAUGCCGAAAAGCGCAGCAGUCAGAUAAUCGAAGAGGUCGAAGAGAUUGAAGAAAUCGAAGAGGUGGAAGAGAUCGAAGAAAAAGUGGAACAACAAGAUGAGAAAGAAGAAGUUAAGGUUGAAGUAGAACAGAAAGAAACCUAUACAUCUAGCAAGAGAAUAGAGAUAACCAAAACUGUGGAGCUUAUACGCACGAAAAUCAGCCAGAAGAUCAUAACCAUUGAGGAUAUUCAAGUCUUAUCGCAUCACGAGGAAGUCCAAUGGUUGCUCGAGUCCAUUGAGGCAGAGUCCUUUGGACAAAUCGGAGAGUCAGCCCUAAGAGAUUUGGCCACGAUUGGACUGCUUUUGCGCUACGGCUGUGAACAUUACGAGAUUACGUAUAUGUAUGAGCAAAACAUUUUCAUAUCCCUGAAGAAACCCGAGUCCCAAUCAGCUCUGGUGCAACUCGUAGAGCGAGAGGGCCACGAAGAGCUGAUCUCUCAAAUACUGAGCGAGUCUUCGAAUGAGGACGAGACCAUCCUGGCAGCUACUGUCGGCUUCAAGGCUUUCAUCCGUAUGAUUCAGACGUACGAAAUAACCAUUGAAAUCGUCAUUCGAAAGUUUGUUAGGGAGGACUUCAUAUCACAGGACUGGAAGAUAUGUGGAAAGGAGAGAAUAGUAGAGACAUCGCAAAUAAUUGAAAGUCACGAGGCCAUCACACAUGUGAAAAUAGAGGAAACAUUUGUCGAGGAACGAACGAUAAUUGUCCAAGAAGAAACAGCAACCACUAAAGUGGAAAAACAAUUCAUACAGCAACAACAAGAACAUGUGCAAAUACAAGAACAAUCAGAACAAGUGCAGACACAAGUUAAGGCUGAACAAGUUGUUCUGAAGAAAACGCAAACCAAAAAGCAUAAAAAACACAUUGAACAACAACAACAAGAAGAAUACGAACAAAUCGAGACACUGGCUCAUGAAACAAGCUCGGGAUCACCGCAGGCAGAAACUCUUGAGAACAUUGAAGAGCUUCUGCCCACAUUCGAGACACUACCCAUGCAAAAUCUACCAAAAGACACGCUCGAAUUCGUUGCAGCUGCAGUCACCACAGAACUUUCUACUCCGAAACCGAUUCCAGCUCAAGUACAGGAUGACAUAUUGCCCCAGAAGGUAUUGGCCAUCAGAGAGGAGAGUUUAACACUCGACGAGGUUGGCGUACAUAAGGAAUUCCCCAAGCCCGAAGAAAGUAAGCUUAGCGAAACUGUUGAAGUUAGGCAAAAGCAUGCAGUAAAUGUGGCCGAAACUAAGACGGAUGAGUUUUCAAAGGAACUUUUGCCUUCAAAAAUACCCAAAUCCGUAAGGGCCCAACGUAAAAUGAAGGAGUCGCGUCCUUUGCUGGUUGAAGCUCCAAGUGUGGAAGAAGCUAUCGAAGAUCUAAGCCCAACAAAAACCGUAACUCAACAGGCUCAUGGUGACAUACUAUUGUCACAUGAGUUAACCGCUGAACAGCAACCGACCCUGGAGAGUAUUGAACAACUAACACCCAUUACAACAAUUGAAGAAACAGUUCAGCAGAAACUGCUGAGUCAAGAAGAGGUUAUUGUUACCGAAAUAAUGAGCACCGAAACAGUAGGAAAGGACGUUACUCAGGUAAAGCCAAUUGAAGAAAAUAUCGCUCCACAAGUAACCCCCAACAUAAGCCUUGGCAUUAGCGAGUGCCAACCGGAGGACUCUUUGGGACAACUGACACCAGCUGCCAAGGGACGUCCGGAGUCAUAUACGACAUCAGUAGUCGAACACAAGGCAGUUAGUGAAGGGGCACUAGAAGUUUUUGAAAGUCUAGACCAACUACCAUUGGAAAGUCAACCGACUAAGCGUUUGGCAGACUACACCAUUAAAACCGAGGAAGUUCCAGUUCAGGUGCAAGAAAUUGAACCUUUUGAUAAUUUGGCAGAAGCCGAAGUACCCAAAGUACGAACUGGCCAAGUAGAAGCUUUGGAAUUGUUUGAGUUAGCUGAGGGACUUGUCAAUAUCACAGCAGAUUCUCAGAGUCCGAUUGAUGAAACGAUGCCUACAUUUAAGGCAAACACGGAAGAAGCCAGUAUGGAUAUGCAAACAAAUUAUCAUUUUGUUACUCAGGAAACAGUUUCAAGUGAACAGACCACAAUGGAAUUGCCAGUGCAAGAUAUUGCGAAAAUUGCUGAGGGAACGCCGGGGCAAACGAUGCCAUUGACCAUUGGCGAAACUCAGGAGACUAACGUGGCAGAAAUGGCAGACAAGCUUAUCGAACCAAUUGUGGAAUCAACGAAACCUGCAAAGGCCACCUUGACCAAAGCUUAUGGAACAGCAGAAAGUAAGGAAGAGUCCCUUUUCGAUGCACUUGGAUUGGUUCCAGAUGAAGAUCACAAAACUGAGAAAGGAAAAUUAAUUAUCUCUGAAGGUGAAAUCGUUGCCGAAGUUCAGGCCCCAACCGUGAUUGACACAGAAGGCGAACUAUUUUCUGAGGUUCCAAAAAUGGUCGAUGCCAAACUAGAUUUCGUCGAGCAAGCUGCUUUGCAGGUCAAGCAGGACACAACUGUAGAAAAGGAGGAGAUUCUGUCCUGCGAUGUAGAACUGAAAUCGCAGUUAGCUACAGAAAAGAUUAUUCCUACUGAACUUAGGGUAACAAGCGUGUUUGAGGUUCAACCAGGCGUGACAUCUUCUGAUAUUAUAGCUGACGAAACAAAAUCUGAAUCCGCGAAGCCAGUCUUCGAGGUGAUGCCGAUUGGAGUUGUCAGUAAGCCUGAACUGUUAGAGAGUACUAGCCGUAUGGAACAUCCGCAACAGCCUGAACUUAAAACUGGUAAUAUUAUAUUAGAAGAGGACCAACAAUCUUUGGAGGUUACCAAUGUACAGAUAACCGAGACUAGUACAGAGCUCGAUAAUAUUAUUUUAAAUCAGAAGCUUUCCAAAGCCCAAGCUGUGACCGAACCAUUCAAGCAUGCCGAGGGCCUAGAAAUAAUUGCGAUGGAAUCGACUAUGGAUAAUCCGGAAGACAGCAAACCGAACUUAGUAAUUGCAGAUAUUAGCAUACCGCGUCAAUUUGGAACAGAUGUUAGAGAGCAGGCAGCGUUGGAAGGCACUAUCCCACGAGAGGAGGAAGUAAAGCCUGAGUCCCAAACAAUAGAAAGCCACUUCGGUUUGUUGCAACCCCUUGAAACCAGCUCAUGUGUAACCUUAGAGGGAGAAACGAUUCUGUCAACUGAAGAGCCCCACACUUUGAUAAGCGCUGCUAUUGGAACUUCAGCAGCCCUACAAGUAGCCAACACCAUGAGACCUCAGCACAUGGAGGCAUUGGAAAGACUAGACGAAGAGAAGGAGCCUAAGCAGCAUGCACAUUUCAAUAUUGGGGAAAUCACUUUACCCAACGUUGAGGAAAUUCUCCCACUGGAUGUGUUAAACGACUACAAAACACCAACGGUUGACAAGUCAUCUCUUACCAGUGUAGAAAUAAUAGAAAGCAAUACAUCGGUAAAGACAACUACAGCUAUUGUAAGUGAACACACGACCGACUUAAAGGACCAAGAUACUCCUCAGCAAGUUCACGUUAAGCCCGACCUGAAUGAUUUAACCCAAAAAAUCCCUCUGUCAGAGCAAACAAAUAUUAUUGAACAGGUUGCGGACUUAAAGAACAUUUUACCCACCCAGGCAACGGGUCAAUCUUCAAUGAAUAGUUUCUUCGAGAUCAAUGUAAGAGAAACUCAAGCUCUUGAGAAGGAGGAGCUCCUUGAAGGUGUUGCCCAGCCAAGUGAACAACUCAUUAAAAUAGCUUUGGACUCCACGUCGGUUGUAGGACUAAUUCGACAAGAAGAUACUCUUGAGCAAGAGCAGGAUCUUACAGUUCCCACAAUGCAAGCGGAAAAGGGAAGACUUAUUUCUACAGAGCUGCUUCGGUUGCCUGUUACGGAAAGCAUCCAAGAAAACCAAAGCACCGGUGAGUUGGAGGAACUUGGCGUAUCAAACCAAUUCGGGGCACUCAAAAUUGAUCUUUUAAGUGAAACAAAGUCAACUGAAACGAUUGUGUACGACUCUGUAACAAAAUCACCCGCAUCAGUGGUGCCAGAGAACGUAGUGCCACAAAAGUCACUAGUACCCCAUGAGCACACCGUGGUUACCGGUAGCAUUGCUUUUGAUGCAGCUGAAAAUUUCGCGAACAUACCUGCCGAUCAGCGAACCGCAACGAAGAUCCAGGAUAGCCUAAGUCAUUCGAUAAUCGCCGAGGAUCAAAAAAUAUUGGAGUCUGAAAAAACUCUUGAGAAUGAAACUAUCUCAAAUCAACAAGCCAAGGUAAUAGAGGGUGUUCAAAAUCUUCAUGCUAAGCUCGUGGACGAAGCCACAGCCUAUGAAGCCAUAGGGCAAGCCCACGAAGUAGAUAAGUAUAGUGUACAGCAAGCAAAUUUCACUCUCGAGCUCGCUCAGGUUCAUUCAACCGAAAUGCAACAAACUAUUGAAGCUGAAGAGAAACUAAACAGUGAUGAACAAUCUUAUGCAGUAGCAACAUCCGAUAAGAUACCGUCACGCCUCGGUUUGGCUGUAACUACAAAAACGCACCCUAUGGAAGGAAUGGGAGAUCUAUUAUCUUCGACCCCAGACGCAAAAAUUGCUCAGACAAAUUAUGAAGGAAGGCAGCAAGAAGUAAAUAUCAGUGAAGUCCGUGCGCUAGAGGAAUCUGAAGAACUCAUAAAACCAGACUUGGCUCCCGUUUCUGCUGUAAAGUCUAUUGAUAUAAUGUUUAAGGCCACACCAGAAUCACAACAGCCUCGAGUUUUCCAAAAGGAGACAACUAUUCCAUUAUUUACAUCCCAGGAGGACAAAGCAAGGCAAUCAGCUGUAGAUCUGCUUCAGGGUACCAACAUAAUUGAUACGCUUACUUUGGAAUCUACGGCACAUAUUGAUAAUAUUAAGGUUACUACGCAGGAGGCCCAAGAAGAGUUUGUCACUGUUUCAGGGUCAAAUAAGGUUCAGGUUCAAAUUGAUAACCUAAUCAUGCAAAAGGAAGAUGUAUUAGAAAAUACGCAAAGGGAGUAUUUUGGAAAACCUUUCAUUGAAGGCACGCAGCGGGAAACGCUUGUAACUGAGGUUGUACCAAGUGAAAAUGUGAGUGGUAUUGAUUUACCCCAAGAGGCUAAUAAAGUCCUUGCCAGUUUAACAACUAACGACAGGAUCACUCAAUCGCCUAUGGUGGAAACACAAUUGCCAUUAGAACUGGAAAGUGAUGUCCAAGUGGUUCACGACAAAAUAGUUCAAGCUAAGGUCAAAUCAGAUGAAGUCAACGAACAUACAACCGUAUCUGAAGUCAAUGCCUACGAAAUAACUAAGGACAUUCAAGCUGAAAAUAACAAGGGUUUAUUUGUAAGGGUUGUAAAGGAUGUAGACGUGAGCAAGGCUCAUUUGACAACAAUUCAAUCCACAUUCCUAAAAGAGGACACCCUACCCACACUUAACAUUCUUGACGAUAAAGCUAAAAUGUCUAAUGUUGAACUAAAAUCAUUAGUUACCGAAGAGGUUGUCGGUAUGAGCUCUAUUCAAGAAACAUAUGAACUUCACGUACCAGCCUCGGAAAAUGCCAACGUAUCUCAUCAAGCUCCACAUGAAGCUGCAAAAGUUAGUGAACAAAAUACAUACGAACAAACUCCUGAUAUUGUGCUUGAGCCGGGCGAAAAAACCUGUACUACAACCAGCUCUGUAAUAACAAGUCUUAGGCCAGCGGAAAGUUCUUCUGUAAUUGUCUACGAAAAUAUUGAGGGUCAUGGUGAUUUUAGGCCAAAUAUUGCAAACCUCUCAUCAGACGCAACUGUAACUUCAGAGUUAAAGGUUUCGGUGGUAGAAGAGUUCAUGGUAAUACCAUCCAUGGGUAGUCUUCCAAAGGACGUACCUGAGGAGCUGAAAGCAAUGCCAGAAAUAGUUUUACACAAAAACAUUGUUUACAGCGAGGAGCUUCCUUGUGAAGGAGUAAGUCCUUUUUUGGAAAACAAGAAGCAUCCAUUCGAGCAUGCAAAAAUGCAAAUAUCUGGUAUGAGAGUUGCACCUUUGACAAGCGAGCAAAAUGAGAAGGGGACUGUUCAAAAUAUUAUUGAGUUUCAAGAUGACGAGAAAAAUGCGCAACCAACAAUCACCACGCAGAGUACGUAUCUUAACCAACAAACAAUGGCACACGAGCAGGUCGAAUUAUUAAAAGAGAAGGUACACAAUACCCAGGAAAAUGCAAACAUUAACUUUGAAACAAACACUUCAGUAACAACAGAACAGCUUAACAUAUUUAGCACAACAUCAAGUCGGACUUGUCCUGAGGAUACUUUAAAGCCAACUUUAGUAGAAAGUUGCCUAAAAAAUGCUUUACAAGCUACACAAGUUUUAUCAGAGUCCACUUUUGACAUUCCGCCACUGAUAUCUAAAAAUGCACACUUUGAAACGACCACACAUGAAGCAACAAAGUUGCAAGCACCAAUACACAUAUCAAAAGAUGAUACUGAUAGCAAUCAGAAGAAACAGACACAGGAAAUUAUUGAGUUAGCGAGCUUAAAGAAGAAGAGUUUAGACAAAACGGUAAAAAAUAAACCGGAUACAGAACAAAGCACAGACACAACACACACACAACAAAUGACACCAACACAAAAACCAGAAACCCGUGAGACCGAAAUCACAGAAACACCAGAAAAUGUGAAAAUAACUGAAAACAUUCGCGUGGUUGAAACUAUUACUGAAGAUGGCAAACCAAAGAAGAAGAAGAUCCGUACUCGCGUAAUCAAGAAGGUCAAGGGUGACAAGCAAGAAGUUACCAAGAUUGAAAUUGUCGAGGAGGAUGACAAACAACCUGAAACAACUGUCACCGUCGAGGAACUUCCUGUAGAGGAGGAGCAGCCAGAAGAAAUCAAGGAACUUCCAGAGGAGGUUCGCGUGGUUGAAACUGUUACCGAAGACGGCAAGCCAAAGAAGAAGAAGAUCCGUACUCGCGUAAUCAAGAAGGUCAAGGGUGACAAGCAAGAAGUUACCAAGAUUGAAAUUGUCGAGGAGGAUGACAAACAACCUGAAACAACUGUCACCGUCGAGGAACUUCCUGUAGAGGAGGAGCAGCCUGAAGAAAUCAAGGAACUUCCAGAGGAGGUUCGCGUGGUUGAAACUAUUACCGAAGACGGCAAGCCAAAGAAGAAGAAGAUCCGCACUCGCGUAAUCAAGAAGGUCAAGGGUGACAAGCAAGAAGUUACCAAGAUUGAAAUUGUCGAGGAGGAUGACAAACAACCCGAAACAACUGUCACCGUCGAGGAACUUCCUGUAGAGGAGGAGCAGCCAGAAGAAAUCAAGGAACUUCCAGAGGAGGUUCGCGUGGUUGAAACUGUUACCGAAGACGGCAAGCCAAAGAAGAAGAAGAUCCGUACUCGCGUAAUCAAGAAGGUCAAGGGUGACAAGCAAGAAGUUACCAAGAUUGAAAUUGUCGAGGAGGAUGACAAACAACCUGAAACAACUGUCACCGUCGAGGAACUUCCUGUAGAGGAGGAGCAGCCUGAAGAAAUCAAGGAACUUCCAGAGGAGGUUCGCGUGGUUGAAACUAUUACCGAAGACGGCAAGCCAAAGAAGAAGAAGAUCCGCACUCGCGUAAUCAAGAAGGUCAAGGGUGACAAGCAAGAAGUUACCAAGAUUGAAAUUGUCGAGGAGGAUGACAAACAACCCGAAACAACUGUCACCGUCGAAGAACUUCCUGUAGAGGAGGAGCAGCCUGAAGAAAUCAAGGAACUUCCAGAGGAGGUUCGCGUUGUUGAAACUAUUACCGAAGACGGCAAGCCAAAGAAGAAGAAGAUCCGCACUCGCGUAAUCAAGAAGGUCAAGGGUGACAAACAAGAAGUUACCAAGAUUGAAAUUGUCGAAGAGGAUGACAAACAACCCGAAACAACUGUCACCGUCGAGGAACUUCCGGUAGAGGAGGAGCAGCCAGAAGAAAUCAAGGAACUUCCAGAGGAGGUUCGCGUGGUUAAAACUAUUACCGAAGACGGGAAGCCAAAGAAGAAGAAGAUCCGCACUCGCGUAAUCAAGAAGGUAAAGGGUGACAAGCAAGAAGUUACCAAGAUUGAAAUUGUCGAGGAGGAUGAUAAACAACCCGAAACAACUGUCACCGUCGAAGAACUUCCUGUAGAGGAGGAGCAGCCAGAAGAAAUUAAGGAACUUCCAGAGGAGGUUCGCGUGGUUGAAACUAUUACCGAAGACGGCAAGCCAAAGAAGAAGAAGAUCCGCACUCGCGUAAUCAAGAAGGUCAAGGGUGACAAGCAAGAAGUUACCAAGAUUGAAAUUGUCGAGGAGGAUGACAAACAACCCGAAACAACUGUCACCGUCGAAGAACUUCCUGUAGAGGAGGAGCAGCCUGAAGAAAUCAAGGAACUUCCAGAGGAGGUUCGCGUUGUUGAAACUAUUACCGAAGACGGCAAGCCAAAGAAGAAGAAGAUCCGCACUCGCGUAAUCAAGAAGGUCAAGGGUGACAAGCAAGAAGUUACCAAGAUUGAAAUUGUCGAAGAGGAUGACAAACAACCCGAAACAACUGUCACUGUCGAGGAACUUCCGGUAGACGAGGAGCAGCCAGAAGAAAUCAAGGAACUUCCAGAGGAGGUUCGCGAUGUUGAAACUAUUACCGAAGACGGCAAGCCAAAGAAGAAGAAGAUCCGUACUCGCGUAAUCAAGAAGGUCAAGGGUGACAAGCAAGAAGUUACCAAGAUUGAAAUUGUCGAGGAGGAUGACAAACAACCCGAAACAACUGUCACCGUCGAAGAACUUCCUGUAGAGGAGGAGCAGCCUGAAGAAAUCAAGGAACUUCCAGAGGAGGUUCGCGUUAUUGAAACUAUUACCGAAGACGGGAAGCCAAAGAAGAAGAAGAUCCGCACUCGCGUAAUCAAGAAGGUCAAGGGUGACAAGCAAGAAGUUACCAAGAUUGAAAUUGUCGAGGAGGAUGACAAACAACCCGAAACAACUGUCACCGUCGAAGAACUUCCUGUAGAGGAGGAGCAGCCAGAAGAAAUCAAGGAACUUCCAGAGGAGGUUCGCGUGGUUGAAACUAUUACCGAAGACGGCAAGCCAAAGAAGAAGAAGAUCCGCACUCGCGUAAUCAAGAAGGUCAAGGGUGACAAGCAAGAAGUUACCAAGAUUGAAAUUGUCGAGGAGGAUGACAAACAACCUGAAACAACUGUCACCGUCGAGGAACUUCCUAUAGAGGAGGAGCAGCCUGAAGAAAUCAAGGAACUUCCAGAGGAGGUUCGCGUGGUUGAAACUAUUACCGAAGACGGCAAGCCAAAGAAGAAGAAGAUCCGCACUCGCGUAAUCAAGAAGGUCAAGGGUGACAAGCAAGAAGUUACAAAGAUUGAAAUUGUCGAGGAGGAUGACAAACAACCCGAAACAACUGUCACCGUCGAAGAACUUCCUGUAGAGGAGGAGCAGCCUGAAGAAAUCAAGGAACUUCCAGAGGAGGUUCGCGUGGUGGAAACUAUUACCGAAGACGGCAAGCCAAAGAAGAAGAAGAUCCGCACUCGUGUAAUCAAGAAGGUCAAGGGUGACAAGCAAGAAGUUACCAAGAUUGAAAUUGUCGAAGAGGAUGACAAACAACCCGAAACAACUGUCACCGUCGAGGAACUUCCGGUAGACGAGGAGCAGCCAGAAGAAAUCAAGGAACUUCCAGAGGAGGUUCGCGUGGUUGAAACUAUUACCGAAGACGGCAAGCCAAAGAAGAAGAAGAUCCGCACUCGCGUAAUCAAGAAGGUCAAGGGUGACAAGCAAGAAGUUACCAAGAUUGAAAUUGUCGAGGAGGAUGACAAACAACCCGAAACAACUGUCACCGUCGAAGAACUUCCUAUAGAGGAGGAGCAGCCUGAAGAAAUCAAGGAACUUCCAGAGGAGGUUCGCGUUGUUGAAACUAUUACCGAAGACGGGAAGCCAAAGAAGAAGAAGAUCCGCACUCGCGUAAUCAAGAAGGUCAAGGGUGACAAGCAAGAAGUUACCAAGAUUGAAAUUGUCGAGGAGGAUGACAAACAACCCGAAACAACUGUCACCGUCGAAGAACUUCCUGUAGAGGAGGAGCAGCCAGAAGAAAUCAAGGAACUUCCAGAGGAGGUUCGCGUGGUUGAAACUAUUACCGAAGACGGCAAGCCAAAGAAGAAGAAGAUCCGCACUCGCGUAAUCAAGAAGGUCAAGGGUGACAAGCAAGAAGUUACUAAGAUUGAAAUUGUCGAAGAGGAUGACAAACAACCCGAAACAACUGUCACCGUCGAGGAACUUCCGGUAGACGAGGAGCAGCCAGAAGAAAUCAAGGAACUUCCAGAGGAGGUUCGCGUGGUUGAAACUAUUACCGAAGACGGCAAGCCAAAGAAGAAGAAGAUCCGUACUCGCGUAAUCAAGAAGGUCAAGGGUGACAAGCAAGAAGUUACCAAGAUUGAAAUUGUCGAGGAGGAUGACAAACAACCCGAAACAACUGUCAUCGUCGAAGAACUUCCUAUAGAGGAGGAGCAGCCUGAAGAAAUCAAGGAACUUCCAGAGGAGGUUCGCGUGGUUGAAACUAUUACCGAAGACGGGAAGCCAAAGAAGAAGAAGAUCCGCACUCGCGUAAUCAAGAAGGUCAAGGGUGACAAGCAAGAAGUUACCAAGAUUGAAAUUGUCGAGGAGAAUGAUAAACAACCCGAAACAACUGUCACCGUCGAAGAACUUCCUGUAGAGGAGGAGCAGCCAGAAGAAAUUAAGGAACUUCCAGAGGAGGUUCGCGUGGUUGAAACUAUUACCGAAGACGGCAAGCCAAAGAAGAAGAAGAUCCGCACUCGCGUAAUCAAGAAGGUCAAGGGUGACAAGCAAGAAGUUACAAAGAUUGAAAUUGUCGAGGAGGAUGACAAACAACCCGAAACAACUGUCACCGUCGAAGAACUUCCUGUAGAGGAGGAGCAGCCUGAAGAAAUCAAGGAACUUCCAGAGGAGGUUCGCGUGGUUGAAACUAUUACCGAAGACGGCAAGCCAAAGAAGAAGAAGAUCCGCACUCGCGUAAUCAAGAAGGUCAAGGGUGACAAGCAAGAAGUUACAAAGAUUAAAAUUGUCGAAGAGGAUGACAAACAACCCGAAACAACUGUCACCGUCGAGGAACUUCUGGUGGAGGAGGAGCAGCCAGAAGAAAUCAAGGAACUUCCAGAGGAGGUUCGCGUGGUUGAAACUAUUACCGAAGACGGCAAGCCAAAGAAGAAGAAGAUCUGCACUCGCGUAAUCAAGAAGGUCAAGGGUGACAAGCAAGAAGUUACCAAGAUUGAAAUUGUCGAGGAGGAUGACAAACAACCCGAAACAACUGUCACCGUCGAAGAACUUCCGGUAGAGGAGGAGCAGCCAGAAGAAAUCAAGGAACUUCCAGAGGAGGUUCGCGUGGUGGAAACUAUUACCGAAGACGGCAAGCCAAAGAAGAAGAAGAUCCGCACUCGCGUAAUCAAGAAGGUCAAGGGUGACAAGCAAGAAGUUACCAAGAUUGAAAUUGUUGAAGAGGAUGACAAACAACCCGAAACAACUGUCACCGUCGAGGAACUUCCGGUAGAGGAGGAGCAGCCAGAAGAAAUCAAGGAACUUCCAGAGGAGGUUCGCGUGGUUGAAACUAUUACCGAAGACGGCAAGCCAAAGAAGAAGAAGAUCCGCACUCGCGUAAUCAAGAAGGUCAAGGGUGACAAGCAAGAAGUUACCAAGAUUGAAAUUGUCGAGGAGGAUGACAAACAACCCGAAACAACUGUCACCGUCGAAGAACUUCCUGUAAAGGAGGAGCAGCCUGAAGAAAUCAAGGAACUUCCAGAGGAGGUUCGCGUGGUUGAAACUAUUACCGAAGACGACAAGCCAAAGAAGAAGAAGAUCCGUACUCGCGUAAUCAAGAAGGUCAAGGGUGACAAGCAAGAAGUUACCAAGAUUGAAAUCGUCGAGGAGGAUGACAAACAACCCGAAACAACUGUCACCGUCGAAGAACUUCCUGUAGAGGAGGAGCAGCCUGAAGAAAUCAAGGAACUUCCAGAGGAGGUUCGCGUUGUUGAAACUAUUACCAAAGACGGCAAGCCAAAGAAGAAGAAGAUCCGCACUCGCGUAAUCAAGAAGGUCAAGGGUGACAAGCAAGAAGUUACCAAGAUUGAAAUUGUCGAGGAGGAUGACAAACAACCCGAAACAACUGUCACCGUCGAAGAACUUCCGGUAGAGGAGGAGCAGCCAGAAGAAAUCAAGGAACUUCCAGAGGAGGUUCGCGUGGUGGAAACUAUUACCGAAGACGGCAAGCCAAAGAAGAAAAAGAUCCGCACUCGCGUAAUCAAGAAGGUCAAGGGUGACAAGCAAGAAGUUACCAAGAUUGAAAUUGUCGAGGAGGAUGACAAACAACCCGAAACAACUGUCACCGUCGAAGAACUUCCUGUAGAGGAGGAGCAGCCAGAAGAAAUCAAGGAACUUCCAGAGGAGGUUCGCGUAGUUGAAUCUAUUACCGAAGACGGCAAGCCAAAGAAGAAGAAGAUCCGUACUCGCGUAAUCAAGAAGGUCAAGGGUGGCAAGCAGGAAGUUACCAAGAUUGAAAUUGUCGAAGAGGAUGACAAACAACCCGAAACAACUGUCACCGUCGAGGAACUUCCGCUAGAGGAGGAGCAGCCAGAAGAAAUCAAGGAACUUCCAGAGGAGGUUCGCGUGGUUGAAACUAUUACCGAAGACGGGAAGCCAAAGAAGAAGAAGAUCCGCACUCGCGUAAUCAAGAAGGUCAAGGGUGACAAACAGGAAGUUACCAAGAUUGAAACCGUCGAGGAGGAUGAUAAGCAACCAGAAACGACAGUUACCGUAGAGGAGCUUCCAUUCGAGGAAGAAGUACCCGAAGAGAUUCAAGAACUUCCAGAGGAAGUUCGCGUGGUUGAAACUGUUACCGAAGAUGGCAAGCCAAAGAAGAAGAAGAUCCGCACUAGGGUAAUCAAAAAGGUCAAGGGUGACAAACAGGAAGUUACCAAGAUUGAAACCGUCGAGGAGGAUGAUAAGCAACCAGAAACGACAGUUACCGUAGAGGAGCUUCCAUUCGAGGAAGAAGUACCCGAAGAGAUUCAAGAACUUCCAGAGGAAGUUCGCGUGGUUGAAACUGUUACCGAAGAUGGCAAGCCAAAGAAGAAGAAGAUCCGCACUCGCGUAAUCAAGAAGGUCAAGGGUGACAAACAGGAAGUUACCAAGAUUGAAACCGUCGAGGAGGAUGAUAAGCAACCAGAAACGACAAUUACUGUAGAGGAGCUUCCAUUCGAGGAAGAAAUACCCGAAGAGAUUCAAGAACUUCCAGAGGAAGUUCGCGUGGUUGAAACUGUUACCGAAGAUGGCAAACCAAAGAAGAGGAAGAUCCGUACUCGGGUAAUCAAAAAGGUCAAGGGUGACAAAAGGGAAGUUACCAAGAUUGAAACCGUCGAGGAGGAUGAUAAGCAACCAGAAACGACUGUUACUGUAGAGGAGCUUCCAUUUGAAGAAGAAAAACCGGAAGAGAUUCAAGAGCUUCCAGAGGAAGUUCGCGUGGUUGAAACCAUUACUGAAGAUGGCAAGCCAAAGAAAAAGAAGAUCCGCACUCGGGUAAUCAAAAAGGUCAAGGGUGACAAACAGGAAGUUACCAAGAUUGAAACUGUCGAGGAGGAUGAUAAGCAACCAGAAAUGACAGUUACUGUAGAGGAGCUUCCAUUCGAGGAAGAAGUACCCGAAGAGAUUCUAGAACUUCCAGAGGAAGUUCGCGUGGUUGAAACUGUUACCGAAGAUGGCAAGCCAAAGAAGAAGAAGAUCCGCACUCGGGUAAUCAAAAAGGUCAAGGGUGACAAACAGGAAGUUACCAAGAUUGAAACCGUCGAGGAGGAUGAUAAGCAACCAGAAACGACAGUUACCGUAGAGGAGCUUCCAUUCGAGGAAGAUGUACCUGAAGAGAUUCAAGAACUUCCAGAGGAAGUUCGCGUGGUUGAAACUGUUACCGAAGAUGGUAAGCCAAAGAAGAAGAAGAUCCGCACUCGGGUAAUCAAAAAAGUCAAGGGUGACAAACAGGAAGUUACCAAGAUUGAAACCGUCGAGGAGGAUGAUAAGCAACCAGAAACGACAGUUACCGUACAGGAGCUUCCAUUCGAGGAAGAAGUACCCGAAGAGAUUCAAGAACUUCCAGAGGAAGUUCGCGUGGUUGAAACUGUUACCGAAGAUGGCAAGCCAAAGAAGAAGAAGAUCCGCACUCGGGUAAUCAAAAAGGUCAAGGGUGACAAACAGGAAGUUACCAAGAUUGAAACCGUCGAGGAGGAUGAUAAGCAACCAGAAACGACAGUUACCGUAGAGGAGCUUCCAUUCGAGGAAGAUGUACCUGAAGAGAUUCAAGAACUUCCAGAGGAAGUUCGCGUGGUUGAAACUGUUACCGAAGAUGGCAAGCCAAAGAAGAAGAAGAUCCGCACUCGGGUAAUCAAAAAGGUCAAGGGUGACAAACAGGAAAUUACCAAGAUUGAAACCGUCGAGGAGGAUGAUAAGCAACCAGAAACGACAGUUUCCGUAGAGGAGCUUCCAUUCGAGGAAGAAGUAACUGAAGAGAUUCAAGAACUUCCAGAGGAAGUUCGCGUGGUUGAAACUGUUACCGAAGAUGGUAAGCCAAAGAAGAAGAAGAUCCGCACUCGGUUAAUCAAAAAAGUCAAGGGUGACAAACAGGAAGUUACCAAGAUUGAAACCGUCGAGGAGGAUGAUAAGCAACCAGAAACGACAGUUACCGUAGAGGAGCUUCCAUUCGAGGAAGAAGUACCCGAAGAGAUUCAAGAACUUCCAGAGGAAGUUCGCGUGGUUGAAACUGUUACCGAAGAUGGCAAGCCAAAGAAGAAGAAGAUCCGCACUCGGGUAAUCAAAAAGGUCAAGGGUGACAAACAGGAAGUUACCAAGAUUGAAACCGUCGAGGAGGAUGAUAAGCAACCAGAAACGACAGUUACUGUAGAGGAGCUUCCAUUCGAGGAAGAAGUAUCUGAAGAGAUUCAAGAACUUCCAGAGGAAGUUCGCGUGGUUGAAACUGUUACCGAAGAUGGCAAACCAAAGAAGAAGAAGAUCCGUACUCGGGUAAUCAAAAAGGUCAAGGGUGACAAACAGGAAGUUACCAAGAUUGAAACCGUCGAGGAAGAUGAUAAGCAACCAGAAACGACAGUUACUGUAGAGGAGCUUCCAUUCGAGGAAGAAGUACCCGAAGAGAUUCAAGAACUUCCAGAGGAAGUUCGCGUGGUUGAAACUGUAACCGAAGAUGGCAAGCCAAAGAAGAAGAAGAUCCGCACUCGGGUAAUCAAAAAGGUCAAGGGUGACAAACAGGAAGUUACCAAGAUUGAAACCGUCGAGGAAGAUGAUAAGCAACCAGAAACGACAGUUACUGUAGAGGAGCUUCCAUUCGAGGAAGAAGUACCCGAAGAGAUUCAAGAACUUCCAGAGGAAGUUCGCGUGGUUGAAACUGUUACCGAAGAUGGCAAGCCAAAGAAGAAGAAGAUCCGCACUCGGGUAAUCAAAAAGGUCAAGGGUGACAAACAGGAAGUUACCAAGAUUGAAACCGUCGAGGAGGAUGAUAAGCAACCUGAAACGACAGUUACGGUAGAAGAGCUUCCAUUUGAGGAAGAAGUACCCGAAGAGAUUCAAGAACUUCCAGAAGAGGUUCGCGUGGUUGAAACUGUUACCGAAGAUGGCAAGCCAAAGAAGAAGAAGAUCCGCACUCGGGUAAUCAAAAAGGUCAAGGGUGACAAACAGGAAGUUACCAAGAUUGAAACCGUCGAGGAGGAUGAUAAGCAACCAGAAACGACAGUUACCGUUGAGGAGCUUCCAUUCGAGGAAGAAGUACCUGAAGAGAUUCAAGAACUUCCAGAGGAAGUUCGCGUGGUUGAAACUGUUACCGAAGAUGGCAAGCCAAAGAAGAAGAAGAUCCGCACUCGGGUAAUCAAAAAGGUCAAGGGUGACAAACAGGAAGUUACCAAGAUUGAAACCGUCGAGGAGGAUGAUAAGCAACCAGAAACGACAGUUACCGUAGAGGAGCUUCCAUUCGAGGAAGAAGUACCUGAAGAGAUUCAAGAACUUCCAGAGGAAGUUCGCGUGGUUGAAACUGUUACCGAAGAUGGCAAGCCAAAGAAGAAGAAGAUCCGCACUCGGGUAAUCAAAAAGGUCAAGGGUGACAAACAGGAAGUUACCAAGAUUGAAACCGUCGAGGAGGAUGAUAAGCAACCUGAAACAACAGUUACGGUAGAAGAACUUCCAUUUGAGGAAGAAGUACCCGAAGAGAUUCAAGAACUUCCAGAGGAAGUUCGCGUGGUUGAAACUGUUACCGAAGAUGGCAAGCCAAAGAAAAAGAAGAUCCGCACUCGGGUAAUCAAAAAGGUCAAGGGUGACAAACAGGAAGUUACCAAGAUUGAAACCGUCGAGGAAGAUGAUAAGCAACCAGAAACGACAGUUACUGUAGAGGAGCUUCCAUUCGAGGAAGAUGUACCUGAAGAGAUUCAAGAACUUCCAGAGGAAGUUCGCGUGGUUGAAACUGUUACCGAAGAUGGCAAGCCAAAGAAGAAGAAGAUCCGCACUCGGGUAAUCAAAAAGGUCAAGGGUGACAAACAGGAAGUUACCAAGAUUGAAACCGUCGAGGAGGAUGAUAAGCAACCUGAAACGACAGUUACGGUAGAAGAGCUUCCAUUUGAGGAAGAAGUACCCGAAGAGAUUCAAGAACUUCCAGAGGAAGUUCGCGUGGUUGAAACUGUUUCCGAAGAUGGCAAGCCAAAGAAGAAGAAGAUCCGCACUCGGGUAAUCAAAAAAGUCAAGGGUGACAAACAGGAAGUUACCAAGAUUGAAACCGUCGAGGAGGAUGAUAAGCAACCAGAAACGACAGUUACCGUAGAGGAGCUUCCAUUCGAGGAAGAAGUACCUGAAGAGAUUCAAGAACUUCCAGAGGAAGUUCGCGUGGUUGAAACUCUUACUGAAGAUGGCAAGCCAAAGAAGAAGAAGAUCCGCACUCGGGUAAUCAAAAAGGUCAAGGGUGACAAACAGGAAGUUACCAAGAUUGAAACCGUCGAGGAGGAUGAUAGGCAACCUGAAACGACAGUUACGGUAGAAGAGCUUCCAUUCGAGGAAGAAAUACCCGAAGAGAUUCAAGAACUUCCAGAGGAAGUUCGCGUGGUUGAAACUGUUACCGAAGAUGGCAAGCCAAAGAAGAAGAAGAUCCGCACUCGGGUAAUCAAAAAGGUCAAGGGUGACAAACAGGAAGUUACCAAGAUUGAAACCGUCGAGGAGGAUGAUAAGCAUCCUGAAACGACAGUUACCGUAGAGGAGCUUCCAUUCGAGGAAGAAGUACCUGAAGAGAUUCAAGAACUUCCAGAGGAAGUUCGCGUGGUUGAAACUGUUACCGAAGAUGGCAAGCCAAAGAAGAAGAAGAUCCGCACUCGGGUAAUCAAAAAGGUCAAGGGUGACAAACAAGAAGUUACCAAGAUUGAAACCGUCGAGGAGGAUGAUAAGCAUCCUGAAACGACAGUUACCGUAGAGGAGCUUCCAUUCGAGGAAGAAGUACCUGAAGAGAUUCAAGAACUUCCAGAAGAAGUUCGCGUGGUUGAAACUGUUAGCGAAGAUGGCAAGCCAAAGAAGAAGAAGAUCCGCACUCGGGUAAUCAAAAAGGUCAAGGGUGACAAACAGGAAGUUACCAAGAUUGAAACCGUCGAAGAGGAUGAUAAGCAACCAGAAACGACAGUUACCGUAGAGGAGCUUCCAUUCGAGGCAGAAGUACCCGAAGAGAUUCAAGAACUUCCAGAGGAGGUUCGCGUGGUUGAAACUCUUACCGAAGAUGGCAAGCCAAAGAAGAAGAAGAUCCGCACUCGGGUAAUCAAAAAGGUCAAGGGUGACAAACAGGAAGUUACCAAGAUUGAAACCGUCGAGGAGGAUGAUAAGCAACCUGAAACGACAGUUACGGUAGAAGAGCUUCCAUUCGAGGAAGAAGUACCCGAAGAGAUUCAAGAACUUCCAGAGGAAGUUCGCGUGGUUGAAACUGAAACCGAAGAUGGCAAGCCAAAGAAGAAGAAGAUCCGCACUCGGGUAAUCAAAAAGGUCAAGGGUGACAAACAGGAAGUUACCAAGAUUGAAACCGUCGAGGAGGAUGAUAAGCAUCCUGAAACGACAGUUACGGUAGAAGAGCUUCCAUUCGAGGAAGAAGUACCCGAAGAGAUUCAAGAACUUCCAGAAGAAGUUCGCGUGGUUGAAACUGUUACCGAAGAUGGCAAGCCAAAGAAGAAGAAGAUCCGCACUCGGGUAAUCAAAAAGGUCAAGGGUGACAAACAGGAAGUUACCAAGAUUGAAACCGUCGAAGAGGAUGAUAAGCAACCAGAAACGACAGUUACCGUAGAGGAGCUUCCAUUCGAGGAAGAAGUACCUGAAGAGAUUCAAGAACUUCCAGAGGAAGUUCGCGUGGUUGAAACUGUUACCGAAGAUGGCAAGCCAAAGAAGAAGAAGAUCCGCACUCGGGUAAUCAAAAAGGUCAAGGGUGACAAACAGGAAGUUACCAAGAUUGAAACCGUCGAGGAGGAUGAUAAGCAACCAGAAACGACAGUUACUGUAGAGGAGCUUCCAUUCGAGGCAGAAGUACCCGAAGAGAUUCAAGAACUUCCAGAAGAGGUUCGCGUGGUUGAAACUGUAACCGAAGAUGGCAAGCCAAAGAAGAAGAAGAUCCGCACUCGGGUAAUCAAAAAGGUCAAGGGUGACAAACAGGAAGUUACCAAGAUUGAAACCGUCGAGGAGGAUGAUAAGCAACCAGAAACGACAGUUACCGUAGAGGAGCUUCCAUUCGAGGAAAAUGUACUUGAAGAGAUUCAAGAACUUCCAGAGGAAGUUCGCGUGGUUGAAACUGUUACCGAAGAUGGUAAGCCAAAGAAGAAGAAGAUCCGUACUCGGGUAAUCAAAAAGGUUAAGGGUGACAAACAGGAAGUUACCAAGAUUGAAACCGUCGAGGAGGAUGAUAAGCAACCAGAAACGACAGUUACCGUAGAGGAGCUUCCAUUCGAGGAAGAAGUACCCGAAGAUAUUCAAGAACUUCCAGAGGAAGUUCGCGUGGUUGAAACUGUUACCGAAGAUGGCAAGCCACAGAAGAAGAAGGUCCGCACACGGGUAAUCAAAAAGGUCAAGGGUGACAAACAGGAAGUUACCAAGAUAGAAACCAUCGAAGAGGAUGAUAAGAAACCGGAAACAACGGUCACAGUCGAAGAAUUUCCAAUUGGAGAAGAACAACCGGUGGAAAUUCAAGAGCUUCCAGAGGAGUUGCGUGUCAUUGAAACCAUUGACGAAGAUGGGACUCCUAAGCAGAAAAAGAUUCGUACGCGAGUUAUAAAGAAGGUUAAGGGCGAUAAGCAAGAAGUGACAAAGAUCGAAACCGUUGAGGAAGACGACAAGAAUCCGGAAACCACUGUUACUGUUCAAGAAACAGAUUUAAGCACUCCUAGCAAAAUUAAGCUUAAGAAGAAAGUGGUUGUGCAAAAACCUGAAGACGAAGUUACUGUAUUUGAAUUGCCUGAGCGGAAGUCGGUUAUACUUUCAGAAAAGGAAGAUGGUACUCCAACAAAAACCGUUAUUAAAACAAGAAUUAUCAAAAAGAUUCAAGGACCCAACAUGGAAGUGACAAAGGUUCAAACGGUCGAGGAAUAUGAAAAGGCUCCACAAACUAAAGUAUGGGUUGAAAAGUUUGAGCUGCCAUUCCCGGAACUUCCAGAAGAAAAGAUUUCUGAAGCAGUCCUUUUGCCUGAUGAGGUGACCGAAUCUGAAAUAGUUGAUGGAAAAGGUUUUCCAAAAAUAAUUAAAACCAAGAAGCGUGUAAUUAAAAAGCCUUCGCUUGGUAAUACCGAAGAAAUUACUGAAAUUAACAUUAUUGAAGAAGACAAUACUGAGCCCAUUUAUUCAAUAUCAGUUAAAAAUCAGCCUUCUACCGAUUCAAAGCCGGACGACAGUAAGCUGGUUGAGUUGCCUGAACAUGUGACAGAGUUGGAAGUUGUUUCACCCGACGGGACAAAAAAGAAGAAGACCGUUAAGUCCAGAGCUUUCAAGAAGAACAUCGACGAAGAUCUUGAUGAAGUUACCACCGUUAAUAUCAUAGAGGAGGAAAACAAGGAGCCACUAACUACAGUAAAAAUAGAAGUUGUGCCUUCUGACGAGACCUCCAUUACGCCUAUACCGAUUGAGGAGCUCCCUGAGGAAACUGUAUUUACCGAAGAAUUAGACGACAAUAAGAAGCCAAAGAAGAAGACUACCAAAACGCGAACAUUUAAAAAGUCAGGUCCGGAAGACGACGAAUAUUUCCAAAUACAAACGAUUGAAGAAGAGGGCCAGGAACCAUACUCCCUUAUACGAGUUGUGAGCGAUGAAAAUAUUGCGGAUAUUAUAGAUAUUAGUAAACUUGAAGACGAAAAAGUUCCCAAACACAAACAAAAGCCACACAAACAGAAGGUGGAGAAACCAAAGGCCGAUAACACAGAAAAGGAACACCCAGUUUACAUCACAACAUUUAAAUCUGUUCAAAACGAAGAUGGAGAAACAACAAUACAAACUGAAAACAAACGAGUUUCUCAGGAGGAAGGCAUAGUUGUUGAGGAAGUCCUCAGUGAUACAGAACUCAUUCCAGAAGACACAACACAAUCACACCUUGAAAUUACCGAAGUCAACGAGCCAACAGACCAAUACAACAAAGAGUACACAAUCACAGAACCUGAAGAGGCAAGCGCAGACGCCAUACAAAAACCGCCUAAAGACAAAAAACUAAAACAGAAAAAGACACUAGGAACUCCUAUUGAGGAAGUUGACGAGACUGUUGUUGAUGAAGAGGGUACAGGGGAACUGACUGACAAGACAGCUAAGAAACGAAAGCCGAAAAAGGUUGAUGGUAAGGUUGAGGAGAUUCUUACUGAUGUAAAAUCUGUUGAAACAAAGGAAAAGCCGAAGAAAAAGAAGGUAGUGAAAUCGAAACGUGAUGAAAUGGACGACUACAUCCAAUUCCUCAUACACCAAGAAAUCCCAAAGACUGUUAUCCAAGGGUACAAACGAACAGAAAUGGAAGUUCCCCAAAGGGCUCGUCGUGACUCGUCUUUCAAACAACCUGCAAAGCUGACUCCUAUGAAAAUAGAGAAAGUUGAGUUUAAGAAGCCUAAAAUGAUUGAAAUAAGCUCAGUGGCAGAAUUCCCACAAAUGCUUAAGCUUAAAGCUCCUAAGCAAAGACCUCAGGAAGAGAAAAAGAAGAAGAACGAAGCAUCCUUCAAGAACAAAAAGUUGAAGAGCUGGAUUAGGUUUAUACCAUAUGCUCCAUACUGCUUCCCAUAUGUGGUUACCGAAUUGGAAACUAACCGCGAAACUGGAGAACUUUCUCGCAAUGUUGAAGAAGCUGAAAAGGUUUUGAAAUUGCGUCCAAGAAAGUUCAAGCCUACAAAGACCGAGAAGGCUGAACUGGAGGAAGUCGAUCUAGAGGCACUCGAAUCUGAAAGCGGAGAACCUUUUGAUGAGGACCAACCAAAGCCAAAAUACAAACGCCCCAAAAAGUUAAAGGCCGAAACUUUGGAAGAAUCUAGGAAACUAAAGCUCGGAAAGGGUAAAAUUCCCCAAAAUGUUGAGGCGAUGGAGGAGGUUUCGCUAAAGCCGGUUAAGAUAGAUGUCAAAGAGGAAGAGCUUGUGGAGAAGCCAGUUAAAAUAGAAGAAGAGAAAGUAAGCAAAAAGAAGAAGACCAGAAAGGCCGACAAGCCUGACGAAGCACUUCAGUUUGAACCGAUUGAAUUUAAGGAUCUUGAAAGUACCUCCGGGUUCCCAGAAGAGUCGGACUCAUCGCCAGCUGAGGAGGAUUCUACACAGAAAAGUAAAAAAUACAAGAGGAAGAAGAAGCCGACUCCUACGCCAGAGACGCUGCAGUUCGAAAUAACUCCCGGAAAACCAAAGGAACUUGAUGAAAUCCCAGAAGAUGACCUUAAACUGCGGAAGCGCCAGGGAGAAAAACCUGAUGAUGAAAAGGAAGAGGUCAAGCUCAAACCAUUUUACAAGUUCGAGGUUCUGGAAUCUGAGACUGAAGAUGUCCCAACGAAGGCCCCUACCAGUGGAAAACCUGCAAAGGAACAAAAGAAAAAGCGCAAGCUAAAGCUUAAGACUGGACAAGAAGAAAACACCGUUGAAAUAAUUGAAGUUUCUCCCGAAGAUUCCGAUGACAAAAUCUAUGAAGUUACAGUCACUAGCUCAGAAAUUGUUCAAGAUGAUAGUAAGCCAAACAAAAUACUUAAAAAGAAGGUCAAGCGAAUGAACAAAAAGGAAUUAGAUGAUUUUGUCACAGAGUUAAGAGAAGAGCCAGAUCAAAACUUUUAUGAGACCAGCAUGCAAGAUUUCUAUGAGGUAAAAUUGACCGAAUUGCCGUCAGAUACAGAGAAACCCAAGAAGCGAAGGAUUCUGCAUGAAAAGGGAGAUGAGGUUGAAGUUUUGGAAAUUGUCGAAACGAUUGACGCUUCCGGUGAAGAGCCCCUUUAUGAAGUCAUUGUGACAUCUUCUGAAGCUAAGGAAGAAGAAGAUAGCACAAGACCAGCUGAAAAACUUAAAACGAAAACACGAAAAAUGAAAAAGGAUGAGCUCGAUGAUUAUAUUCAACAACUUAUUAAUGCGGAAAUUCCCAUAACAGAAUUGGAAAAGUAUGAGAAAAUCGAUGUUGAUGGCAAGCCGAAAAAACUCAAGAAGAAGAAGGCCAAGCUGGAAAAACCAAUUAUAGAUGAAGGCGAAACUCUUAAUGUUGGCAUCUCAGAGCAUGAGCCAAUCGAAAAACCAAAAGCAAAGAAACUAAAGCCAAAGAAAGAAAUUAAGGAGGAAGAAUCGGUUGAAACCGAGCCUGUUCCUGUUUAUGAUGAGUUCCUUAUAAAAACGGUUGACUCGGAACGUACUCCAGAGCAAUAUACUGAACAAACAGAAGAAGAAAUCUUGCCAGCUUUGGAUGAAAUCCUAGCAGACUUAGGAGAAAGCCUGCCCAUUCUGGUAGUAGAGGAAGAUGUUGAGAGUGUUUCGUUAGCCCCUGAAGUAAUUCAAACAAGAGAUGAGAAAAUCAUAAAGAAACGCAAGUUGAAAACUAGAAAGGGCUCAAAACAUUACGAAAUCGAAAUAAUCGAAACUGACGCUCCAGAUGAUCAGCCAAAUGAAGCAGAGGUUAUAGUUAUAACUACUGAAAUUUCUGAAGAUACAACGGAUGGACCUGCUCUGCAUAAGCCGGAAGCACCAAAGAAAUCCGUUAAAAAGGUGAAGAAGGAGAAGCUUAAAGAGUUCAUUGUCAAUAUUGUCGAGGAAGCCCCAUUGGAACACAUCGCUGAAAUAUCUGAGGAUAUUACAACUGCUCCUGUUAGAGAAAGCUCAGUGGAAGAAGAUAUUGGUACCUUUACCACUACAGUAGUAGAAGAGGAAAUGGAUGAACCUGUUCUACCCGAACAAAAGAAACCAGAAGGAGUUCUAACCGUGCCUGAUGUUAAGAAAAAGAAAACUGAAAAACAGAAGAAGGUUAAAAUAUCCGAAUCAGCACCUACUCCGACUACUGAAGAUUCGACGAUCUUAGAAUUUACAACGGAGGUCCUAGAAUCUGAUGAUAUUCAGAAACCGGAUGAAUAUUCGAUAGAAGUAAAAGACAGUGUGCCAAAGUCUAAAAAGAAAACGCCGAAGAAACCGAAGCAGGAAUCUCCCGCCGAGCCUACCUCCCAAUAUACGAUUCGUAUUGAGGAGCUUACACCGGAAACUAUUACUGAAAAAAUUGAAAAUGAGGAAGGUAAGGAAGUUGAACGAGUCAUUAAUACGCGAAAACUCAAAAAGAAACAGGGGCCAAAGGAAUAUCUAAUUGAAGUGGUUGAAACAUAUGAAGAAAAUAAUCCUGAAGCAGAUAUUGUGAUCAUGACCACUGACAUAUCGCCAUCCAUUGACUCUAAACCUGAAGAACAGCACAAGAUAAAGAUUGUGAAGGAAAAGAAGCCAAAGACCAAAAGCUUGGACAAUUAUAUUCAAGAACUAAUAGAUCAAGAAAUUCCCAAAGAAGAUCUUGAAGACUUUGAAAUAACUGUCUUAGAUACAUCUCCCGAGGUAAAGAAGCCUAAGAAAAUCAAAAAGCAACAUAAGAAAUAUACUGAUAUUAUUGACGGCACUCCGAUUACCGUGCAUGAGGUAGAAGUACAAGAGUUCGAGUUUGAGCAAGAAGACUUUAAGCCUGAAGAGGUCAUCCUGCAGGAAAGUGAUCGAGAUGAUACAGAGGAAGCACCUAAGGAUCUACAAAUAAGUGUCGUUGAGGAUAAGCCUAAGCCAAAAACUAAAAAAUCGUUUAAGGCCAAGAUCGUAGAUGAGGAACAGCCGAAAUCAGUUAUUGAAGAUAUUUCGGAGAUUGUAGAAGUUGUGCACGUUACGGAAGAAGAUGGUAUACCCAAAAAGGUUGAAAUUAAGAAAAAGAAGGUUUCCCGCAGGAAAGGUUCUAAGGAGCAAAUCUUUGAAAUCACAGAGACAAAAACUAGUGAUGAACCUUUGGCUGAGGUAACUAUUAUUGAGGUUACAGAGGAACACCCUGAAAUGGAAGUACAAGAAGUUAAAGAAAAGAAACCAAUUAAAAAAUCAAAGAAAUUGAAGCCUGAAGAUGUCAAGAGCUUUGUGAUCAAUGUGCUAGAAGAGUUCAAUGAACCCGUACGCUUUGAGGAACUUAAAGAGAACGAGGAGGACAAGCCACAACCAGAGUUCAAAGAUAUCUCGAAGGUUGUGGAAGUGGUACAAGUCACGGAAGAAGAUGGCACACCAAAACAGGUUGAAAUUAAGAAGAAAAAGAUUUCUCGUAAACAAGGUCCUAUCGAAAAAAUCUUUGAGAUCACUGAGACAAAAGCCAGCGAUGAACCUCUAGCUGAAGUAACGAUCGUUGAUAUUACUGACGAACAGAUUCAAGAAGAGGUUCCAGAGGUAAAGGAGAAGAAACCAAUUAAAAAAUCUAAGAAAUUAAAACCUGAAGAUGUCAAGAACUACGUGAUCAAUGUUUUAGAAGAGUUUACGGAACCUACUCGAUAUAAGGAGGACAAACCGCAACCAUUUAUUCAAGAUAUUUCGGAGGCUGUGGAAGUUGUACAAGUUACUAACGAUGAUGGUGUAACGAAGGCGGUUGAAAUUAGGAAGAAAAAGAUUUCCCGCAAACAAGGUCCCAAGGAACAAAUCUUUGAAAUCACUGAGACAAAAACUAGCGAUGAACCUUUAGCUGAAGUUUCAAUUGUCGAGGUUACGGACGAAGAGCUUAAAGAAGACAUUCCUCUACCUAAGGAAAAGAAACCAAUUAAGAAACCGAAAAAACUAAAACCUGAAGACGUCCAAAGCUAUAUAGUUAAUAUUCUGGAAGAGUUCAACGAACCGCAGAGGCUUGAAGAGACCACAGAACCAGUCAUUGCUGAAAUUACAGAGUCUGUGGAAACUGUAAAGAUUACUGAAGAAGAUGGUGUAACCAAGCAAGUUGAAGUUAAGAAGAAAAAGGUGUCCCGCAAACAAGGUCCAAUGGAACAAAUCUUUGAAAUUACCCAGACAAAAACGAGCGAUGAACCUUUAGCUGAAGUUACAAUUGUCGAGGUUACAGAUGAACAGCCUAAAGAAGACGUACCUAACGAAAAGAAACCAAUUAAAAAACCGAAAAAACUGAAGCCUGAAGAAGUGGAAAGCUAUGUAGUUAAUGUUUUAGAGGAAUAUAGCGAGCCACAGCAGUUUGAAGAGCUUAAGCUCACCGAUGAGGAAGAACCACUUGAAACAAAGAUAAAAACCAAGAAGCCAAAGAAGUCGACCGAAAGUCCACUCGAAGAGACGAUCCUUAUUGAAGAAUUGGCUCCUGAAAUUAUUAUAGAGAAUAGUGUAAACGAAAAGGGAGAGGAUGUAAAACAAGUUAAGACAAUAAAGAAACUUAAGAAAAAGGAAGGUCCAAAGGAGUAUCUCAUCGAAAUAACAGAAACCUAUCAAGAGAACAAGCCGGAGGCCGACAUCGAAUUCACUACAACAGAGUUACCAACAGGGGACUCAACAGAUGUCGCUGAUGAUCAACCAGCCAAUGUUAUUAAAAAGGUUAAGAAGAAGAAGGCUGUUAAGGACGAUCUUGACAAAUAUAUACAACAGUUAAUCGAACAGGAAAUCACAAAAACACCUCUCGAAGAAUACGAGCCUACCGAAAUGGAUGCCAAGCCUAAGCAAGUCAAAAAGAAAGUAAAGUCUCACCACAAAAAGAUAAUUCAAGAUUCUGAUGGGCUUCCCGUAACCAUUCACGAGUUCGAUGUUGAAGAAAUCGUUCCCGAAUCUGAGGACCUAAAAAUACCAGAUACUACACUACAAGAAGUCGAGGAGUUACCAUCACAGCCAGACGAUUCAUCAAGUUACAUCGUAAACAUUUCUGACGAAUUUGUUGAACCUGAUCAGGCAAUCGAAAAGACUCCUGAGGAAGAAACAAAACCCAUUAAGAAGGAGAAAUCAUUGAAAAAGAAGAAGAUCGUUGAGAUUCCCGCACCAUUAGAAGAAAUUGAACAAACUGUCGAAGUCGUUGAGCAACCCACUGAGGAAGGAACUGUAAAAGAAGUAACUGUCAAGAAACGCAAGGUAUCGCGUAGAAAGGGAUCUAAGGAGCAUAUCUUUGAAAUUACAGAAACAACAAGUGAAGAUCAGCCUGUUGCCGAAGUUACUGUCGUGGAGUUAACCAGUGAUGAUGUCCUUGUUUCUCAAGAAAAGCCAAAGCCUGAAAGGAAAAUCGUUAAGAAGCCGAAGCAAUUAAAGAAGGACGAAGUUGAGGAAUACGUCAUUAAUAUUAUUGAAGAAUUCGUACAGCCUGUUCCAUUUGACACACUUGAAAGUGAAAUAGAAGAAGUUGUGGAGAAAAAACCGAAAAAGUCACAGAAACCUCAGAAAACUUACACAGUCACUGAGGAAGAACACACAGAUAGCAAGGUACCUACAGAUGUUGAGGAAGAUUUAGAGCAACCGAUUGAAUCCGUUCCAGAAAAACCAUUAGAUUCAGUUGAAUAUGUCUUUGGUGUCAAGGAAGAAAUUGUGGCUACCGAACAGGAACAACCCAAGCCCAAAAAGAUAACCAAGCCCAAAACUAAAAAACAACCUGCAUUGAAUGAAAAUCAAGACUAUCUUGUUAGGGUAAAAUCCGAAGAAAAAUUAAGUGAAGAGCCGAUUCCUGAACAUGAAGCAGUUGUGAUUGAAGAUGAAGAAAAUAAACCAUCGGAGGAACCGGCUUUCCAGGUAGAAGAAAUCGAAACCCAGACAGUGGAAAAAGAAGUAACCGACGCUGAAGGCGAAACGACAAAGCAAACUGUAACUAAACGAAAAAUCAAAAAGCAGAUUGGCCCCAAGGAAGAAAUUAUUGAAAUUGUGGAAACCAAGACCGGAGACACUCCAGAGUACGAAGUCAUUGUAACCACUGAGGAGGCCGAAACAGUUAGCGAUGAAGUUCCUCAGGAGGAAACGCCAAAGAAGAUUCGCAAAACUAAAAAGGUUCCGAAAGACGAUCUUCAUGACUAUAUUCAGAAGCUUAUUGAGCAGGAUAUACCGAAAACCGAACUGGAAAAGUAUGAAAAGAUCGACAUAGACGAACCUAUCAAAAUGAAGAAGAAACCCAUCAAAAAGGUCAAGCAAAUUGAAGAGCAGCCAGUAGAAGAUACUGAAGAGCGGAUAGAAGAAAAGCCUCUAGAGGAGAUUGUGAAAGUUUCUGAAGUCGACAAGGACGAACCAAAACUUACGUUUACCCUCAAGGAAUUUAUUCCAGAACAGCCAGAAGAAAAACCUUUAGAAAUAUCAGUUCUAGAAGAAACCGUAGAAAUCCAGCAGGUUCCUGACGAAGAGGGAAAAGUAAAAGAAAAGGUGGUUAAGACUAAACAGAUAAAGCUAAAGAAGGGUCCUAAAGAAAUAGUUCACGACAUAGUCGAGGUAACUGAUAAAGAUACAAACGAAUCUGAAAUAACCAUCACAACCACCACUCCAGAAGAAACUCCUGAUCAGGAACAGCCUGUAAUUAAACAGAAACGGACGAAAAAGAUUAAGAAGGAUGAAGUAGAAGACUUUAUCAAGGCAGUAAUUGAGGAGGAGGUACCAAAGCCGAUUGAACCCGAAGGCGUUGUGGGAGUUAUUGAAGAUUCUACUUCUAAGCCGACCUCUGAGAAGGCAAAGAAGAAGCCAAAGAAAGAAAAGCAGCCUUCCAUUGAAGAGCAAAAGCCACAAGAUGAAGAAGUGUCUGUUAAAGAGACCGUUCCGGAAGAUUCUCCAGUUAGUGAUGAUCUUAUAACUGUCCAGGAAUUAGUUCCAAGCGAAGACGAACCUGAACACAAAAUUGACCAGGUGAAAGAGGCUAAGAAACCAGAUAAAAAGAAAGCACCAAAGGCUUCAAUUAAAGUUCACGAGGAACAGCCGGUAGAAGACGUUGUCGAAAAGCCUUUGGAGGUUGAAGUAAAGGAAUCUAAUGUAGAAAGCCCAGAUGUUCAGGAAUUCAGCGUGUCUAUAAAGGAAGAAGAAAAAACUGCACCUAAACCUGAAAAGAAGAAAUCUUCUAAAAAAUUGCAUGAAGAUGUUGACCAAUCUUCUGAGCAAAAAUACGAAAUUUCUAUUAAGGAAAGUGUUUUGGAACCUGAAGAAGAAGAGCCGCUUACAGUUAAAGUUAUUGAAAGUGAAACAAAGGUCGAAGAAACUAAAGACGACACGGGUGAAAUUCAUAAGCAGGUUACUACCAAACGCAAGUUAAAACGACCUGAUGGUAAGGGGGAAAUGGAGAUUAUUGAAGUUGUUAGGGAUGAUCAGCCUGAGGCGGAAAUAACUAUUUUGGAGUAUGAACCAGAACCAGUCAAGCAGGACGAAAAGCCCAAAGAACCCAAAAAGAAAACCAAAAAGGUUAAGAAGGACGAUAUACAUGACUACAUUCAAAAACUAAUUGACAUGGAAACGCCCAAGACUGAGCUUGAAAAGUAUGAGAAAAUGGAAUUUGAGACAGUCGUUAAAGACAAGCCAUUAGAUAACCUGAUUGAUGUCGUUGAAGAAUCCCCUUCUGAUAAGUCCAAAAAAGAAAAGAAGACUAAGCCCAAAGUAGUCCAGAAAGACGAAGGAACUGUUCCGGAACAAUUCGCUGAGAUCAAAGUGGUCGAAGAAGAAGCUCCUAAACAACCUGAAGUACCAGUUGAAGUUGUAGAAGUUCAACCUGUAGAGAUACAAAUCCAAGAGGUUAUUACUGAAGAAGGCAAGCCAGUUCAGGAAAAGACCACUAAACGGGUUUUGAAAAAGAAGGCACCUCAAGAAGAAACGACUUUCAAAAUUACAACUAUUGAAAGCGAGGACAACGAUUCAGUUACAGUUAUCGUCGAUGAAGAACCAGAGAUAGCUCCAGUACAGCUUAUCGAAGAACAACCAGAACAGGCUGAAGAGAAAUCUAAGCCAAAGCCGAAGAAAACAAUAAAGAAGGUUAAAAAGGACGACUUAGACGAUUAUGUAAAGAAAUUAAUCGAGGAAGAAAUUCCGAAGGUUAAGCUUGAACAGUAUGAAAAGGUAGAAAUGCCAACUAAGCCUGGCAAGGAAGAUUCUUCCGAAAUUAUUCCGGAAGAGGAAAAACAUGAGACAACUGAACCCAUAGAAAUAGUAGAAGACUUACCCAAACCAAAGAAAACCAAGACACCAAAGCCAAAGACAAUAGUCGCAGACGAACAAAAACCUGACGUACCGACAGAGACCACUUUAGACACCACUGACACAGCAGAGAUCACACCAACCCAAAUUGCACAACCCGAGGACACAGCCACUGCACAAAUUACACCAAGCGCACAAGAAGAGAAAUCUACUCAAGAUGACACUAAAGAUACAAUUCAGAAAACAGUUAAACAUAAGAAAACAAAACCAGACACACAAAAAAGCGUUGAAACAAGUGAACUACCAGAGGUUCAAAACUAUCAAAUACGCAUAAUUCACGAAGAGCCUGUCGAAGAUGAGCAGCCUCAAAAGAUUUUGGAGGUCCGAGUCAUCGAUGAAGUCGCCGAGGUCCAGGAAUCACAGCCCAUAGUGGAAGAGGUUGAAGAGGAGGAGGAACAGCCCGUUACAGAAGAAAUUGCCGAGGACGUCACCAAGCCAAAGUCUAAGAAGAAGAAGGUUGUCAAAAAGAAGACCGAUGAUCAUGAUGAACUCAUUAGAAAGAUGUUGGAGCAAGAAAUUGAGAAGACGGAACUGGAGAAAUACGAGAAAAUUGAUUUCGAUGUUCCUAAGAAACUUAAACCAGAAUUCGCCACUCUUGAGCCAAUCAAAAUCGAACGGAAGGAACAGAAGCCGACCAAGGUGAACAUUGUCGACGCUACUGAUGUUCCCAAAACGGUCAAGCUUAAGCCCGGCAAACGUAAGGAAAAGCCUGCCGAAGAGCAAACUGUUCAACUACCUAAGUUCAGGCUGAAGGCCCGCAUGGUCAUGGUUGAAUACCCUCCGGCUCCGCUUAUUCCGAAAAUAACCGAUAUUGGAGCCUCUAAGGAAAAUGGUGAACUAUCUCGCAACAUCGAAGAGGCUGAAGAAGUUCUGAAGUUCAAGCCGCGAAAGACCAAAAAAAUAAAGAAAAUCAAGGACGAUUUGGAAAAGGUGGAGCUGGAAAAGUAUGAAAAAUAUGUCAGUAGCGAAGAAGAGCCUGAGGAAAAAGCACCGUAUAAGAAACCCGAAAAGGCACCAAAGCCAGAGGAUAAACAAGAAGAAGUAAAGCUUAAGCUGGGCAAGGGUAAGAAGAAACCAAAGGAGGAAGAGGAGCCCGAAAAUGUUACUCUUAAAAAGAUUCCACAAAAGCCACAAGAAGUUGAAGAAUUGGUUGAAGUUAAAUCAAAACCAAAGGAGGUUAUUGUUGUUGAGGAACAACCAAAGCAGCCUAAGGAAGGAGAGUUUAUUGUUGAGCCCUUCGAGCCCUCUGAUUUCGAUCGUCCUGAAUAUGUUCCCGAAGAGCUUGAGCCAAUAGAACAUCCAGACAAGCCUGUCAAGCCCAAGAAGCCCUCUAAGACGAAAUACCAGCCCAAAGAAAAAUCGAAGCCCGAACCUGAAACAAUAAUCUCUGAGAUCGUUCCUGGAGUUCCAAAGGAAGAAGAGGAAUCGCCUGAACUGGAAGUGAAGUUCCGUAAGCCCGAAAGAGAGGCUCCAGAAGAGACUGACUCAGAAAUUAAGCUGCGUCCUGUCCCUAAGUCUCCUGAGACUGAAGAGCCUGUCGAGCAAGCGAUAGUUAAGCCCAAGGCAGAGAAACCACAGCCCGAAGAAACUCAGAUUAAAUCUGACGAUGAGGGUAAGAAACCAAAGAAACCAAAGGCCAAGAAGGUUCAACCAAAAGAGGAAGAGAUUGCUAAGCCUAAGCCAGAAGAGUUUGAGGUCUCUGUGAAAGAAGAAGAAGCUCCAGAGGAAAAACCCGAGGAAAUCGAAAAGCCAAAAGAAGUAAAGGUUAAACAAAAGAAACCCAAAGAAGCACCUGUAGCGGAAGUGUUAGUUUCCGAAGAAGUUCCGCAGCCUGAAGAAGUGCCAGAGGAAAUACCUGUAGAAUACAAGAUAACAACUACUGUCCUGGAACCAGAGGAGAUACCGAAGGAACAUCAAGUCAGAGUCAUUGAUUUCGAUGAGCGCAAAGAAACUACCGAGGAAGUAAUUGAAGAAAAGGUGGUGACGCGCAAGAAGAAACCAAAGCCACAGCAGCCGGAAGAGUUCGAGGUCACAUUAAAGGAGCCAAAGAAGGAAGAGAUUCAAGUCGAGGAAGUUUCGGUUGAAAUCGCGCUGCCAGUUGAGCAACCCGAAGAGAAGCCAGAAGAGUUUGAAGUUGAACUUAAACUGACUGAAUCUAUCCCAGAGGAGCCAGUUCAGCAAGAAAUCACUGUCAAGGAAAAGACCAAAAAGAAACCUGUGAAAGAAGUCAAGGAGGAGAAGAUCACAGUGGUGGAGGAAGAAGAGAAGGCUCAACCAGUUGAGGAGAAAUAUGUGGAGGUCGAAAAACAAGAAGAAAAGAAGAAGAACAAGAAGCCAAAAUCCUACGAGUUUACAAUGACAGAAACCGAGGCUGCCGAAAAAAUACCAGCCGAUGUUGUUGAAGAAAUUCCUGAGGAAAUUCCAGAGACUGUUGAAGAAAAGGUUGUCGAGAAGUUUGAUACCUAUAAAAUCUCUCUUAAAGAAACUGAAGCCGAAAAGGUGACCGCAGUUGAGGAACAACCCGAGGAAGAAAUUCCUCAAGAGGUUUUCUUCAAGAAAACUCCAAAGGAACCUGAGGCAGUUGAGGCCGAGUUUGUAAUAUCUGAACCAAAGAUUACAGAAGAAACGACCGUGGAAACUGCAAUCAAGCAAAAGAAGACUAAAAAGCCAAAGAAAACUGUAGAGGAAGCAGAAUUAGAAAUCAAGGUUGUCGACACCGAAGCCCCUGUUCCCGAGGAAUUAGUUAUUGAAGCUCCCAAGGCUGAGAUUGUGGAGGAGAAGAAAAUUAUUGUCGAAGAAAAGCCAGAAGAGUACUCGAUUCGCGUUUCCGAAACUGAGGCCAAGCCCGAAGAACCAAGUGAAGCGCAGUUUACUGUGAAAAAACGCAAGCCUUCUGUUACUUUUGCCGACGAACCUGCCACUGAAAUCAUUCUCAAGGAGAGUAAGCCCGUUGAAGAAGUUACUGAGGAAGCGCAAAUCAAGACCAAGAAGCCUAAAAAGAAGGUUAAGGAUGUGGAGGCUGAAGAACUAAAGAUCCAAAUCACCGAGGAGAUUCCACAGGAAGUUCCGAUAAUUGAGGAAGUCGAGGAGGAAGAGGUGAUCACAGAAGUCAAGGAAGAAGUGCCUGUGGUUGAAGAAAAGACGUACAGAAUUGGCAUCAAGGAGACCAUGCCAGAAAAGCCGGCCGAAGUGAUUGUCGAGGAAGAACCGGUGGUAACUGAGCCAAUAGUGGAAGAGCCCCAACCUGAAAUCUUCGAAGAACAUAAGGUUAGAGUCAUUGAGGAAACUCCCCGUGAACUGGUCGAAGAAGUCAUAGAAGAAGAGGUCAAGGUUAUUCGCAAAAAGAAGCCUAAGCCAGAAGUUAAGGAGGAACCAGAGGCGCAAGUGACUGUCACUGCUCCAAAGCCUGUCGAAGAAGUAGAAGCUACGACCAGCAUUGCCAUUGUUCCAGAACAACCGACUGAAGAAGAGGCCGCUGAUCUCAAGAUAACAAUCAUUGAGGAAGAGGCACCUCCACAAGAACUUGUCCAAGAGAUUGAAGAAAUCGUCGAAGAACCAGAAGCCCCCGAAGAAAAACCAGAGGACUUUAAGUUUGCUAUUAAGGACGAUAAAAAGGAGCCUACUGUUGAAGAGUUGCCUGAGGAACAGGUGACGAUUCAGAAGAAGAAAAAGAAGGCGCCAGUUGCGGAGGUGGUUGAAGAGCCCGAAGCUGAGUUCUCGAUUAAACCAAAGCAGCCAGUACAAGAAGUUUCUGAGGAAGCCAAGAUUAAGAAGAAGCCUAAAAAACCUGUGGCCCAAGAAGAGGCAGCUGCAGAGCUUAAGGUAACUAUUACCGAGGAAGUUCCCGCAGAACCAGAGGUUCAAGAAAUCAUUGAGGAAAUCGAGGAAGUUCCCGAAGAAAAGCCCACUGAGUAUAAGAUUGCCGUUACAGAAACUCAGCCAGAAGCUCCGGAGGAACAAGAAGUCAGCUUACCGAAAAAGAAACCAAUUGCUCCUCAGGUGGUCGAAGAACCAGAGGCUGAAGUUACUCUAAAACCAAAGCCAGAGGUGGAAGAAGUUCGGGAAGAGGCAAAGAUAGUAAAGAAAAAGCCCAAGAAGCCUGUUGAAGAGGAGGAGCUUACGGUUAAGGUUGAAGAAGAAGUCAUACCUGAGCCCAUAGUUGAAGAAGAGGUGAUUGAAGAAGUCAAAUUUAAAAAGAAGCCCAAAAAACCGGAACCAGAGGACAUUGUAGAUGCUGCAGUUGUGAAACUAAAAAAACCAGAGCCCGUAGAGGCUGAAGAAGUGGUGGCUGAAGUCACUCUGAAGCCCAAGGCACCAAAGGAGGUAACUGAAGAGGAAUUCGCCGUGGAUGUAAAGCUGCCCAUAGAAAAGAAGGUUACUGAGGAAACUUCUGACCAAACUGUACAACUUAAAAAGAAGAAGAAACCUCAGAAACCGGUGGAGGAGGCUGCGGACGAGCUAAAGCUACAGAAACCUGUUGUCGAAGAAAGGACUGUGGAAGUUGAAGAAGAAGAGAUCGUCGAAGAAGCAGUCGUCAUUCGCAAGAAACCAAAGAAACCCUUCGAGCCGACGGUUGAAGAUCUCGAAGAAACUGAGUUCAGUCUCUCCUUCAAAAAGCCACACACUAUUAAUGAGGGCGUGGAGGAGGCCGCUACCGUCCUUAAAAAACGACCAGUCAAACCCACUACUCUGGACGAAGCUGCGGCUGAACUUUCUAUCAAGCGCCAAGAAGAGGAAUACGAAGAGGGCGACGAUGUCGAAGAGUUUGUGGUCAGUCAACGACGCAAGCCAAAACCUCUGCAGAUCACCGAAGAAGAUGAGGAGGCUUACACGGUUAAGAAACUAAAACGCCGAAAGCAGGUAGACAUUCCCGAAUACGCUGACGUUGAGAACGUCACAUUCCGAGCAAGAAGUACCAAGACCAAAGAAGAUGUCGACCAGGAGUUCAACAUUGCGUUGGACUCUUAUGCGGAGGAGGAAAUUUCCAUGUCUGGAAAGAUCAAGCUUAAGAAGCCCAUCAAGAAAACCUUCUCUGAAGCUGCCGAUGAGGCCAGAAUUAGGAUUAUUCAGGACUAUGACGAUGGUGAAGAGCCCAUCAUCGAAGAAAUUCGGGACGAUGAGGAUACCAUCGAUGAGGUCGAGGAACCAGAAGAAUACUUUGUGGAGGAAUUACCACCAGAUGAAGUAGACUUCAAGCUGAAGCCCAAGAAACAGCAGAAGCCAGCCUACUCCGUUCAAGAUGAGGAGGAAGAACAGUUCCUGAUUGGCAUUCGUCAUCCGAAACGCGAUUCGGUCACAUACGAUGAGGAUUCUCUCACCUUUAAGAAGAAGCGUAAAGUUGUUCAACAACUUUUCAAUGAAGAUGGAGCUUCGCUUAAUAUAACCAGAGAAAUGAAUGUUGAAGAAUCCGAAAACCCCAAUGUUAUGUAUUCAAUCUGCAAUUACAUUGCCGACAACGAUGAAGCCAUAAAUCUGGUCGAGGGUGAGAAGGUAAUUGUCGUUGGACGUCACAGCUCUGAGUGGUGGUAUGUCAAGAAGAGCAUCACAGAAGAGGAGGGAUGGGUUCCAGCUCAAUAUCUGAUGGAGCCCGACGAAUAUGCGCAGUAUGUGCAAAACAAAUUGCACGAGAAAAUCGACAAGCUGCCUGUAUUUGAACGUCCUGGACCGGAAGACAAGCCCAUUGCGCCCAGAUUCAUUGAGAAACUGCAGCCAAUUCACACUCCUGACGGUUACACUGUACAGUUUGAGUGCAAGGUCGAGGGCAACCCGCGACCACAGAUUGCCUGGUUCCGCGAAACUGCCAUUAUCAAACCCUCGCAGGACUUCCAAAUGUUCUACGAUGACGACAAUGUGGCAACUUUGAUCAUCCGUGAGGUGUUCCCCGAGGAUGCCGGUCAGUUUACAGUUGUGGCAAAGAAUGCUGCUGGAUUUACUUCCAGCACAACGGAACUGAUUGUGGAGAGUCCGCUUUCUGAUCACGGCUCUGAUGCCACAGCCCUCUCCCGCCGAAGCAUGUCGCGUGAAUCGUCGCUGGCUGACAUUUUGGAGGGAAUUCCUCCAACCUUCUCCAAAAAGCCAAAGGCUCAGUAUGUGGACGAAGAUACGAACGUGAUUCUUGAGUGCCGACUGGUGGCCGUACCAGAACCGGACAUUGUCUGGACUUUCAAUGGCGUGGACAUCGACGAGGAGGAAAUUAAGAACGUUCGCAUCGUUACGGAAUCGGACAUGCACAUGUAUUGCAGUGUGGUGCACAUCACCAAGGUAAAGAAAUCGCAGGAAGGUACCUACGAGGUGAUAGCCACGAAUCGCGAGGGCGAGGCACGUCUGCCCAUUACCUUGAAGGUGCGAACCACCGACAAGGAGGCCCCGCAAAUCUUGGAACCCUUACGCAACAUGGUCAUACGAGAAGGCGAGAGUGUGGUACUUUCUACACAAAUUGUGGGCAACCCACCACCAAAGGUAACCUGGUAUAAGGAUGGCAAGCCCAUAAAGAAUGCUAAGUCCGACAAGGACUUGCAUACCUUAACUCUGAUCACACCCAAAAAGGCUGAGAAGGGUGAAUACACAGUCAAGGCUGUCAAUCCAUUGGGCAGUGUGGAGACCUCUGCUAAUCUAACAAUUGAAGAAGCCACAAGCGGCAAUGCGGAACCACCACUCUUCGUGGAACGUUUCGAGGAGCAGAAUGUACCACAAAAGGGCGAGAUUCACUUGCCAGCGAAGGUUUCCGGCAAUCCGGUGCCCGAGGUUCAAUGGUUGUUCAACAACACUCCAUUGUUCCCCAGCGAACGCAUCCAGCAGGUUUACGAUGGCGAAAAUAUCGAGCUGAUCAUCAAAGAUGCCAACCCAGAAACCGAUUCCGGUGACUACAAGUGUAUUGCUAGUAACCCAAUCGGCAAAACGUCGCACGGUGCCCGUGUGAUUGUCGAGGUCGAUGAAGUGACCUUCACUAAAAAGCUGAAGAAGACCAUUACCAUUGAGGAGGUACAAUCCCUUACCCUGGAGUGCGAGACCUCUCACGUGGUCACGACCAAGUGGUUCUUCAAUGGAAAGGAACUCAGCGGCAUGGAUCAUCGUGUAGUGGUUGAAGAUGGCAAGACUCAUAAGUUGGUAAUCAGAAACACAAACCUACGUGACUCCGGUACCUACACAUGCAAGGUCAAAAAGCAAGAGACUCAGUCCACUGUCGAGGUUCUGCAGCGUAAGCCCGAUUUUAUCAAGGUGCUGGAGGACUACGAGGUGACCGAGAAAGAUACCGCCAUUUUGGAUGUGGAACUUACCACAGAGUCCACUGAGGUUACCUGGUACAAGGACGGCGAGAAGAUUACCCCGGAAAACAAGAACGUGGAGUUCAUCAAGGAUGGCAAGGCACGUCGCCUAGUUAUACGCGAUGCCACCAUCCAUGAUGAGGGCCAGUACACAUGCAAGAUCGAAGGACAAGAGUGCAGUUGUGAGCUGGUUGUCAUCGAGUUGCCGCCAGAGAUCGUUGAACCGCUGAAGGACGUUUCAGUGACCAAGGGUGAGAAUGCCAUUUUCGAGAUUGAGCUCAGCAAGGGCGACGCCCUGGUCAAAUGGUUCAAGAACGGCAAGGAGAUUGUGUUCGACGAGCGCAUUCAACUGGCCAUCGAUGGCAAGAAGCAAUCGCUGCGCAUUGUAAAGGCCAAGCCCGAAGAUGUGGGUGAAUACUCCGUCAAGGUGGGUGACCAGACGUCAAAGGGAAAGCUGACGGUAGAGGAGCCACUGGUGGACUUUGUCAUUCGCUUGCCGGAUGUCACGCUGGCCACCAAGACCACCGAUGCCGAAUUCACCGUGCAACUGUCACAGCCCGAUGUCGAGGUGACCUGGUGCAAGAAGGGCAAACCCAUCAAGCCCAACAAAAAGCAUGAGGUCUUCGUCGAGGGCACUGUCAGGCGACUGGUCAUCCACGAUGCCAGCGACGACGAUGCCGGUGAGAUCAGCUGCGUGGCCGAGAACGUCACCAGCAGCACUAAGCUGUGCGUCGAGGAGCUCAAACUGCCACCCGUCAUUACUUCUGACAAGGAGCAGACCAUCAAGGUGAAGGAGAACGACGAUGCCACCUUCACCGUCAAGUACACAGGCGUACCAACGCCUGAGGCCGUUUGGACCACGCGCAAGGUUGUCAUACCCAAGUCACAGCGCACAAUCCCGGCCAUCGAUGAGCAGUCGGCCACGCUAACCAUCAAAAAGGUCGUCGACGAUGACGAGGGAGAGUACACCGUCAAGCUCGUCAACCCAGUUGGCGAGGCAGAGGCCAGCCUUCACUUGGUCAUAAUGCGCAAACCGACGGCACCUGGCACUCCGCAACCCCUGGAGAUAAUGCACGACUCCAUUACUCUGUACUGGAAGGCGCCGGAGGACGAUGGCAAGUCGGAAAUUAUCGAGUACAUUCUGGAGUAUCACGAUGUUAAGGAAGAAAAAUGGACUGAAAUAAGGAAGAUCAAGGACACAACGUACACCAUAAGCAAGCUCAGGAUCGACACAGAGUACGUAUUCCGUUCCAUCGCCGUAAACGAGGUGGGACCUUCACCGCCCUCGCCGCUGUCACCGCCCAUCCGCCUGGUGCCCAAGGUCGAGACGGAGGCACCCAGUGUGCGGGAGCCACUGCAGGAUGUGAUCAGUGAACUGGACAAGGAGGUGACGCUGUCCUGCGUGUUCGGCGGCAUUCCAGAGCCAAAGGUGAUAUGGAAGAAGAACGGCCAGUUGCUUGAAUCGAGCAGCAUUCGCUACGAGAACCGUGUGGCCAAAUACACCAUUGAAAAGACAACCAUUGAGACUGAAGCCACCUACACGUGUGUGGCGACCAAUGAGAAGGGCUCCGUGGAGACCUCGUGCCGCCUGAAACUGCAGCAGAAGCCGGUCCUCGAGGUGGAGGACAAGUAUUUGACUCAGAAACUGCGCACCGGCAGCACUCUCACCAUUCCAGCGACGGUCCGCGGCUAUCCACAACCCACCGUGACCUGGCACAAGGAGACGGUCGAGCAGAAGACCACCAAGACAGUCACCAUCGAGACCACAGAGAUUACCUCCACCUAUACGGUCAAGAAGGUCACCCGCGAACAGUCCGGCAAGUACAAGGUUACAGCAACCAAUGAAUCAGGUUCCACAUAUGUGGAGUGCACUGUCCAGGUGAUCGACAAGCCCAGCAGACCCCAGUCUCUGGAGAUCAAGGACAUAAAGAAGGACUCGAUUGUGCUGGAGUGGACCCCGCCCAUCGAUGAUGGCGGUCUGGAGAUUAACAAGUACACGUUGGAGAAGUGCGACAUCCAAAAUCAGGUCUGGAUGAAGGUCUCCGACUUUGACAAAGACAUCAAAUCGUAUGCGGUUCAAAAACUAUCCAUGAAUGCGCAAUACAUGUUCCGUGUGGUGGCCGCUAAUCCCAUUGGCGAGUCAGAGCCAACGGAAAGUGACCCUGUGACCAUAACUAAGAAAUUCGAGAAACCAUCGCCACCACGUGGACCCACCACUGUGUCGGGUAUGAACGAUACUUCCUUCAACCUGGCCUGGGAACCAUCCGAGAACGAUGGCGGCUCAAAGAUCGUGGAGUACAUUGUGGAGAUUAGGGAAGAGACUGAAACUAUCUAUAGAACGGUAGGCGUAACCCUGGGCACUGUCACCAAUAUUCAUGUCGAAAAGGUGGUCAGAAACAAGGGCUACCUGUUCCGCAUCUAUGCGAGAAAUGAGGUUGGCACUAGCGAGGCGUUUGAGACCACGGAAAAGAUUGUCGUGGGUCGCAAGAUAACUAAUGAUAAUGAAGUUUUAGCGCCGCCAUCGCCACCUCAGAACUUAAGGGCACCGGAUGUCACCAGCCGAAGUGUUACUUUGGAUUGGGAGGUGCCUGCCCGCAAUGGUGGAUCAGAAAUCACAGGCUACUGCGUGGAAAAACGUUCCUCAACAUCUACUACCUGGACGAAGGUCAUCACACUGGACGCCCACCAGCUGCACUACACGAUUGACAACCUGAAGGAGAAGUGCGAGUACUGGUUCCGUGUGUCAGCGGAGAAUGAGGUUGGACUAGGUGCACCAGCCGUCACCGAGAGCAUAUCGCUCAAGACACAUGCCACCGUACCCUCACCACCGACCGCUCCACUGGAGGCGCGCGUUCUCGCCGCCAAUGCCCACAUAUUCGAAUGGGGUAUCCCCGAGUCAGAUGGAGGUGCGCCUCUGCUCGGCUACCACAUUGCUAUUAGGGACAUGAAGAAGACCAUGUGGAUCGAGGUGGGUCGUGUGCCAGCUGGCGUCCAGAAAUUCCAGAUCAGAGAUCUGCAGGAGAACCACGAGUACAUGAUUCGCAUAUUCGCGAAGAACGAAAUUGGUCUGAGUGAACCUCUGGAAUCGGAGGAGCCCUACAAGGUCAUGACUGCUGGUCAUGAGAGCCUGCCCGACGAGCCACGCACGGAGAUGAGUUCGUGCAACACCUCCUCGUGGCUGCGUGACCACAACAUGGAUGCGGAUAUUCAUUCGUAUGCCCGUGGCAGGCUGCUCCAACGCGAUGAGUACUUCUUCAGGCUGUGGGCGGAUCUGCCCAAGAGCAAAAAGAAGAAGGGCUCCAAAUAGUCGGUGGAAACGACAACGAAAUAAGAAACACUUAAGUCGUAGGUUAAGCAACACUAUUUCAAUUGUAUUUUAUAUGACAAACAAAUUGGGUAGCUCCCAUUUUGAUUUUGUAGCUUUUUGUACUUUAGUAGAGGUGACGAUGUGAGGGCGGUGUAAUGUUAAUCGCAUCCCAUUGAUGGCGAUGCCCACGACCCCCGAUCAAAGAGUGCGAGCGAAGAAUAAACUUAAUGCUCGGGUGCGUGGGCGUGGCCCAAUGUCCUGGAUGGCCAUUACACUGUCCAAAUAAUGGACAUAAUUUUAGAUUUUUCAUUUGCAUAAAGUUCCUUUUUUUGGUUUUAUUGUUUUACUUUUGCCUUAUUUUUGUAAGCUGUGAUAAAUCUAUCAAAAUCGAAAGUGUCAAACGAAGCAACAAAAAAUGAAACAGAAUUAAAAUGCCACCAAGCGGCGGUCCAUCGGCAUCGGGCAAUGGGAGCCAACGAGCCGCAGCCCUCCAACACCCAAUCCCCAACCCAAUCCCAAUCCCAAUCCUGGCCAGCGUAACUCAAUAUCCUCUCUCGGGAGACAAAACAACAAAUGGUGCAAUUCGAUAUGAGUUAUUUCUGGGGAGUGUUGCGAGUCGCUGGCUGCCGUUGCCUUUGUCCUGAACUCGCCCUGGUUGAAAUUUAUGGCAUAGGAAUAUGAGAGAGGUUAUACUCGUGUGUCUUUAAAGUUACCAGAACUAAAUAAAUAAAUAAUUUAAAAUAUAA